CCUCUCUCAGACGGUCCUAGCUAGGAGGAGUCAGUGUGUGAUACAGCUGCUGCGGCCUGUCCGUCCCGCUACCAUAGGCUCACUGAGGUCAAUGGUAAGUGGGGGGACCUGCAGCAGACCCGACGCGAUGUGUCACCGUGGAGCGAAUAGCGUCACGUAGACCCGCAAAGAGCGCUUCACAGAGCUGGAGGUGGUGCUGCAGCCCGAGCGCAGGAAGGGGCUGAUAGAAGCGGCGCACACCGGGGCGGGAGGGGAGCACCUGACCCGGCAUCAGACAUGGCACAACCUGUCCCAGACCUACUGGUGGAGGGGUGAGAGCACAGAGCACAUUGGGGAGUGGGGAAAGGCCUCCUGUAUUACACAGAUAUCCCAAGGUGACUCUUCCAGCAUGUGUCUAUUAAAUUUAUUUUAAUUUUCAUUCAUGUUAAAUACAUUUUAUUCCACUUGUCACCAAUUCAUUAUCUGUAUGGAUAGUAUCUUAUAAAAUGCACAUUGUGUCAGAUUUAUCACAGCAAAGCAGUUGCUAGUUUGGUGUAAAGUACUAAAUGUUGAGGUAUACUGUUGGUUUCCAUGGUGAUUGCUCCUUAUUUAGCACUGUACAAUUAGAAUAGAACAUGCUUUUGCUUUGAAAAAUAUGGGGCUGUAUAACUGUAAGACCCUUGUAAACCGAUCAGCUGACACUCUUUGCUAUUUAAUUCUCUCCAGAGUUGGACAAAAUCGAUAUUGCCAAACGGAAUGAGGAACAUCCAAUCUAAUGAUAUCUGUGAAUAAGGGUUUGAACCCAAGUCAAAUCUCUAAAAUGCUGUAUUUAUUAUUGGAAUGCUUGUUACUGGGGACACUGAUUUUUCUAGUCGCUCGCUAUUCAUUACCUUUUAUUUAACCUGAUUUUAUUUUCUCUUCUGUAAACCAGUGAAAUAAAAUUAAAGAAAAAAAAAUUCACAGUGGAGUAGGAGACUCAUGGCUAUGUACUCACUACAGUGCACUGUAGAGGUUAUGGUGCUUAGAGUUUCUAUUUAAGAUAAAGCUUGCCCUUAGUAUAUCUUUUUUGGUCCUUAACCACGGUUUUUAAUUUUUAUCUACAUUGUUAUGCAAUUUACACACAGGUUUAAAGAAACAAUUAUUAUUCUUUAUAUAGCGCCAACAUAUUCCGCAAUGCUUUACAAUGAUAGAAAGGGGGAUAUAUAGUGAAGAACGCACUGCUUCUGUUUUGCCCAAGGACAUUUACUGGCGAGGUGGUCUGACCUGGAUUCGAACCCAGCUUUCUUAGUUCCUAGUUACCAUGCUCUUCUAGGUUGAAGGAGCACUAUAGUGUCAGGAAUGCAAACAUGUAUUCCUGAUACUAUAGUAAUAAAAUAAGUUUAGGUUGGCGGUCCUAAGAUUUAAUGGUAAAUUUACUCACCGUUUCCCAACACUGUGCUGGUCUCCUUGCAGCUGGCUCUGCCUCCUUGGCUGAGCUCAAACUUGAUAAUCUCAGCCUAUCUAAUGCUUUCCUACAGGAAAGCGUUGGGAGGCUUUGGCACAUGCGCAGCAAAACGCAGCACUGCAUCAAUUAGGAUAUCCUCAUAGGGAUGCAUUUAAUCAGUGCAUGCAGAGCGUGGAGAGACUGAAGGUCAUGACCCAGGAAGAACCUCUAGUGGCCAUCUGAGGGCCUGCCACUAGAGGUGUUACUAGGCAGUAAUGUAAACCCUGUCUUUUCUCUGGACAGGCUGUGUUUACAUUAAAAAGCCUGCAAGGACAGGCUAUAGACACCAGAACCACUACAUUAAAGCGACACUGUAGGCACUCAGACCACUUCAGCUUAUUGAAGUGGUCUGGGUGCACUGUCCCAUCACCUUUAACCCUGAGCAUGUAAUUAUUGCAGAUUUUAAUAAAUUCUGCAACAAAUACCUGCUAGGGUUAACUCCUCCUCUAGUGACUGUCUACCAGAUACUAGAGGAACUUCCGAGUGCUUAAACGACCCCUUAAACAGUCACACACGCUCAGUUACAGGCAGACAGUCACAGAGCCAAACACACAGUUAAAAGCAGAUAGUCACACACAGUUACAGGCACACAAUCACGAACAGUUACAGGCACACAGUUACAGGCACACAAUCAAAAGCAGACAGUCACACAUACUUCAUUUAAAGCAGACAGUCAUACACACUCGGUUAAAGGCAUGCAGGCACUCACGCUGAUAGGCACACACACAAAGUUAAAGGCAGGUAGUCACACAUACAGGCACACACAACGGCACAGCUACAGCGACACACACAAUUGGAGUCACAGACACACAGGGAGGCAGUCACACAGACGCGCAGAAAUACACAGGCGCACACACAGGCAGACUGUCACACACCGGCAGAAAGUCACAUACACACAGGGAGGCAGUCACACACACAGGCAGGCAGACAGGCAGACAGUCAAACACACAGGCAAACAGUCACACAUAGGCAGUCAGACAGUCACACACACAGGCAGUCAGUUACACAGACAGACUGUCACACAGGCAAACAGUCACACAGUCACACACAGGCAGACACGCACACACUUACCUCUUGCCAUUAUGGCUGGAAGGGGGAGUGGAUGCAGUCGGAUGAUGGGGAAGCAGGACUCCUUCCUUCUUCCUGUACCGGAGUUACCAGGGGCCUUGGGUAUGUAUUAGCCCCGCCUCUGCCUCCAUGUAAGCCCCGCCUCCUGAUAAGCCCCGCCCCUCCACCUCAAAUUUAAAAAAAAUGUUUUUAUAGACCCGGGUGGAGAAUAAUUAAUCCUCCACCUGGGUACCUGCUUUAGGUCUCCUGACACUGGCCAUGUGCGAGCUGUCGGUGGCAUGGCACCCUGUGCGGCCGCACAGCUCGCACACCCCUAAGGCCUGCCCUGAUUAGGUCCCCCCUGCCGGCUGAUGUUGGCAGGUUAAAAGUGCGGGCGGAGCCUGACCCAGUGCCGAGGGAGAUUGGCGCUGUAUUAAGGUAAGUGACUAAAAUGUUUUAACCCCUUCAGCAUCGCGGGAGGGGGGUACUGUAGGAACCUAUAGUGCCAGGAAAACGGCUUUGUUUUCCUGGCACUAUAGAAUCUAGUAUGUAGUUGUUCUGGUUACUGUAGUGUCCCUUUGAAACAGCCAAACUGAAAACAUAGAUGACUUGGGGAAUAUUUCCAUUUCAACCAUUUUAGCCUAAAACCUGAAAUUCCCAACAAUUCAUUCUCUCGGAAGACGUUCACUAAACUCUGAAGUCUAAUGAAUUAACAUCUGAAUUGCAUAAUUGAGACUAAUGUAGAUGUGUUGAAAAUUUUUUUGAUUAAAGGAUCACUAUAGUGUCAGGAAAACAAAGCUAGAGGCCACUAGAGGCUGGAUUAACCCCAAUGUAAACAUAGCAGUUUCUCUGAAACUGCUAUGUUUGCAUCUGAAGGAUUAAAACCUGAGGGACCUGGCACCCAGACCACUUCAUUGAGCUGAAGUGAUCUGGGUGUCUAUAGUGUCCCUUUUAAAUAUUGCAGAUCCAUUUACAAUUAACUACAGUUUGGUAUUUAGUGAAUAAACAUCUAAUUUUCUAGAGCAAUUCAGAAACCUUAAUCUAAAUUUAGAAAUGUAUCCUCCAGGUUACUCCAUACAACCCUUGACUAAAAAGUAAGUACAUGACAAUUCACUUGCUAGUUAAUAACCCUGAUAGGUGCCAGCCAAAUUACAGAAGUUGUAAAUCUCUUAAUUUUUGUGCCAGGAGUACAAGGUUACUCUGCUUUGAAAUGUAGAAAAAUAGAAUCGGAGACACAAGAUUUUUUUUUUUUUUUUUUGAAGCAUUUGUUAAUUUGCUUCCUUCAGAAAAGUCACUGCCGGAAGUGUAUGCUUCCAUUUAAUUAUUUUAAUAAAAAAAAUGUUUUGAUGCCUUUACUGUCCCUUUAUAUUGUGAUUUGUAAACAUAAAGACUCUUUCUUGUUAUAACUUAAGUUAAAGAUGCUCAUUGUACUUAGAUUUGCAGAAUGACAAAAGGAUUAAGGUAUUUUUCUGAACUUUGUACCACAAGGCGGGGUGGGGGAUUUCCUGUAGUGUAACUGAAAAUGAAGCAGUAGUUUAUUCACCGUUUGAGUGCUGUAUAUAUUAGGGUUAUUCACUAAAGUGACAAUUUAAUGUAAAUUUAAAAUUUAAGCCCAAAAUAGCUGAAUUAGAAAAAAUCCAUAAGUAAGACAUCUCUCCACUUUCUAAAACACACUUUGAAUUCUCACUUUAGUGAAUAACCUUGAAAAUAUGUAACAUUAAAAAAGCUAUAAACAUAUUCCAUUGUAAAUAAUAUUUUGGGUGCAAAAAAACCCAUUAAAUUGACUUUGGUUGGUAGGAUUAAAAUGUAUUCUUUGGGAAAUAUAUAAAAAUCCAGAUACAACCAUACACGUAGUGACUGUUUUAUUUUGUUGAUGUUAAAACACCAAAUUUGAAGCUAUUUAUUUUGGUUAACAUUGUAACUUUUUGUUCUCACAGUAUAAUGAAUGAACGUGAUUGGAAUGCGUUGGGUCAAUUUGACCUACAAUGAAUGUGCCACGCGUAUCCAUAUGUAUUAUGUGGAUAUGGAAGAGACUGCUGGAAAAUGUGGUGCUCGUUCUUCAGACUCCAGAUAAUCUUUGUGAUUCUGACUGGGUUAGCCGUGCUCGUAUUAGUUAACAACAUCCACCUAGUAGAGGUAAGUUAUAAUCUUAAAGAGUUCAACUUUGAAUAAUCCUAUUUCUUUACUACAGACCCAAAGGUAUUGUGUAGUUUUCAAUGUCAUAUUGAAAUCAUGGUGUGGGGGCGGAGCCUGACUGCCAUUCUUGCCUAAAUCGACGACUUGCGGCCCACAAUUACAGACAUCAGGCAGCCAAUGCUGGUCGGUAACCAAGUGGACCCCUCGGUGGCUGUUCUUGCUGUUCCUCUUACCAAGUUCGGCGGAUCUUGUUGGGGACUGACCUGCGGCCUAGCAGGGGCCUACGCACGGACGAGGUGAGGGAAUCGGCUGAUCCCUCUACCUUCUGGCAACAAUACAGCUCGGAGUCUCUCCACUAUCUCCCCUUCUCCCACCUCCCCUACCGGUGAGAGAUAUCCCUAUAAUCAUUACCUGUGCUGCGGUGACAGCCUUUCAGCAGUACCCUCUCGACUACAGCCCUCCUGCCUCCUACACAAUGGCGGACGCCACAUGUGAACUCACACUACGAAAUCUGAAGCCUUCAGUCAUGGGAAAAAAAGGCACAGACUGUUUGCAGACUUUUGGUCAAGGCUCGCCUGUCUCAUGGAAACUCCGGUGGAGAUUCAGAAGGCACCUACCCUGCCUCAGUCAACUCAGCAAAGUGUACCUCUACCUUAUGAUGGAGGUACCUUCAAGAUGGCUCCUAACUUGACUACACCAAAGCGACAGCCGCGGAAACCGCACUACCAGCAGAGGAGGCGAGUUGUGGACUGACGUCCUGCCCGCCGCUGUCGUGGAGUGCCGAGUGCCACUAUACACAGAGUGUCAGUACUAAGCUACAUGAAGAGACCACUACAGUCACCUCUGAGCUGCUCCUCAUGAUCCCUGUGGCUGGGUAUCUCCUCACCAAGUGAGCGUGUAGCCCCCUGGCGAGUCACUUCCAUGCUGGACAGUGAUGUAUACUCUGUGGGCAUAGGCAUAAAGGGGUUAAUUCAGUGGGCAUGUAUUCCUGAGGUCCUGUCUCUACAUUCUACACCCCCUGGGACAUUUUCACUGUAGGUAGACACAUAUGCUUCUGAUACUCACCUCUUGCAUGUUUUCAGUUAUAUUUUAGUUUAAUUUACAUGUACAAGCUUAUACCAUGCUAUAUAAUUUCUUCUUUAUUGAGUUCUAAGCAACUUACUUUUUCUUGCAACCUAUAAUUUAAAAAUAGUGCAGUAAUCUUGACAUGCAUUGCUAAACCUCUCUAACACUCCACACUGUUGAAAUAUGACAAGUCUAUGCAGUGGUGUACACACGAUCCAUGGGGCCCCGGUGCGAAAAUCGAUCAAUGGGCCCCACUCCCCCCCUCGGCGCUUACUCUGCGCGGGCCGGGGCCGCUACACAUGGAGGCGGGCACGCAGUGUGCACGAUACACAUACGCUUAAAGGACCACUUAGGCACUCGGAUCACUUCAGCUCAAUGAAGUGGUCUGGGUGCCAGGUCCCUCUAGUUUUAACCCUGCAGCUGAAAACAUAGCAGUUUUUAGAGAAACUGCUAUGUUUCACAGAGGGUUAAUCCAGCCUCUACUAGCUGUCUCACUGACAGCCGCUAGAGACGCUUCCGCGAUUCCUCUGGACGUCCAUAGGAAAGCAUUGAGUAAUGCUUUCCUAUGGGCGGUUUGAAUGCGUGUGCGGCUCUUGGAGCAUUUGGAGCUGAGAGGCGGAUCAGGGCGGAGAGAUCCCCAGCGCCAAGUGCUAAAGGGGUUUUAACCAAACACACACACUCUCACGAACAGACGUAUACACACUAGCUAACAGACACACAAAUUUACUGACAGACACACAUACACACUCACUUACAAAACAUACUCUCACGAACAGACGCAUACACACUAGCUAACAGACACACACAGUAACAGACACACAAACUAACAUACUCAGUGACACACACUAACAGACACACAGUAACACACUCACUGACACACUCAUAUUUUUUAUUUUUUUUAAUUUAAUCCCCAGCCUCCUUACCUUUGGGAGUGCUGAGGGGAUUCCCUGGGGUCCAGUGGGGCUGCCCGGCGGCCGGUCCUGCAGGUGGCAAGGGAGCAUUCUCCCCUGAGCGCUCUCUGCCCAGCUCCCUCGUGUACCACUUACUGAUGCAGGAGCCGGAAUGAUGUCAUCUUCCGGCACCGGCAUCAGUGCUGUGUGCGUGAGGGAGAUGGGCAGAGAGCGCUCAGGGGAGAAUGCUCCCUUGCGCGCCCGCCAGCCAGCAAAGUGAAGCCACUGCCAGCCUCGGGGGGGCCCCAGGAGAGGAGGCUGGCAAAAUGUGGCCACACUGUCGUACAUACUGGGUCGCAGGGCGGCCAGGUCUCCUGGAGGCCCGGGCCUGGUCGCAGCCGCGACCCCUGCGACCGCGGUAUGUACGUCAAUGUGUCUAUGCAUAUCUGUGAUAUUGAAAAUGCACUUCAAAAAUAAGAAUGAAAAAAAAAAAAAAAAGGAAUCAUGGUGUCACCUGUGGUAAAAUUUGAGUCUGUUUUGAGUGUGAUUUACUUUACUUUACUUACUUUUAAAUGGACAUAGGUAUUUGGGAUUGUGUGCAGGUAACUUUUUUGUUAAUUUCUUAUAUACAUUUGUCUGAUGAAUAAACACUGGCUGUCCAAGAUUAGUGUCUGUUUGAGCACAGGGCUAUUUAUUAAAAAAAAAAAAUAAUCUUAAUUUCUUAUAUUUCUUUCCAUUUUCUGUUCAUAUUUUUGUGGUGUGGGUACCACUUCAAAGUAUAGCGGUAUAUGCAUUCAUAAUUUCAUAUGUCCACAGUUAUUUUUUAUAAAUAUAAUUAUCAUAAAGCUUUUGGGCAGUGUGAGGUUAGCAGACAAUUAUAUCUCAGCGCCAAAGCCAUUUGGUGUUAAUGAAGUGGUAUUGUUGUGUAGACCAUGUCCCUUUUUCUGGAAAUGUGUAAAGCAUUGUUUUCAGGCAAACCGCAAUGUUUACAUUUGCCCAUAAACAUGCCUCUAGUUAGCCAUUUAUGGUAAUAUGUUACAAGGCAACCAUGACCUUAAUCAAGCCAUAACAUCACAAUAAACCGUAUUUUUAAUAAAAGAAUCAUCAAGUGGCAUUAUGCAUAAUUGCAAAAAAAAAAAAAGCAAAACCGUAAUAUUCCUAGGAAACACUUUAACAUUAAAAAAAUAUAUAUAUGCACUUUUAAAUGUAAGUGUUCCUUCAAAGGGUUGAAGAUCACUUACCCAGCCACUAGAUGUGCUUCCUGUUGCUCUGCAUUAAGACACCGAGCUCCAUACAGAUACAUUGAGCCAAUGAAUCUCUAUAAAGAGAUGCUGAUUGGCACAGUGCAUCUAUUGUCGCGCAUCUGCGCUAGCCCCUAAGUGCUUCCAUAAAGUUAAAAUGAUCAGUUAGGACAAAUAAUGUAAAUGAAGGUCCAUGGACACACACUAACUAAAAUUCCUAAUAGCGGGGCCAUAAAUCUAAGUAGUAUAAUACUCUAACGUUAGGCAUACAUGUUGUAUUCCUUUAAGGUUAACAAAAUCACAAAACACUUUGAGUACAGAAUAUUAUACUAAAUAAGUCCCGAUUUCAAAGACAUACAUUUUAAUUUCUAUUUCUUUUCCAGCAUCUGAAUCAUGAAAUGGACUUUGAUUUAAGGCAGACGGAGGAAAAUAUUGAUACAAACGGACCAUUCUCAGAGGGGACCCAAGGAACUUAUUGUGAUUAUCAGCAUCAAGCUUUGUCUAGAGCAGAGCAUGCAGAACAGGAAUUGUUACUUAACUCUCUGAAGUGGCUGGGACCACCACACAAUGAGAGAACAUUUUUAAGCAGUACUGAUGCUUCUCAUAGUCGUUUUGUCAUUUUACACUCCCAGUCAUUGUUUAAAGUAGGCGAUGUAAUGGAGGUACUGGUCAGAAUGCAGGAUUUUGAAGGAAAUCCGAAACAUUAUGGAGGCGAUUACUUGCAGGCAAGGAUUCACUCGCCUUUGUUGAAAGCUGGAGCAGUAGGGAAAGUAGUGGACCAUCAGAACGGAUUCUAUUCUGUCUACUUUACUUUGCUCUGGCCCGGAAAGAUCACUGUGUCAGUAUCUUUGGUGCAUCCAAGUGAAGGGAUCCAGGUUCUUAAGCGUUUACGGGAAGAGAAGCCUGACCGUGUGUACUUUAAGAGUUUGUUCCGAUCUGGUGAAACUGCAGAGACUAAAAUGUGCAAUAUUUGUUUGCCUAGAAAACUGCCUGUAUGCAAUUACACUGACCUAAAAACUGGCGAGCCCUGGUUUUGUUACAAGCCCAAGAAAUUGUCUUGCUCUAAUAGGAUCAAUCAUGCAAAAGGAGGGUACUCGAAGAAUCUUUUGACCUUUGAUGAACAGCUUUUCUUUCAAAGGUAUUUCAUAUAUGUCCUCUAGUAGAUUAUUAGCAAAUAUUGCUUUUCUUCUAGAUAGAGAAUUGUUUGCCUACAGCACCUCUGUAUCUCUUCCCAAUUUAUACAAUUCCUGUAUACACAACCUGCAUUUUAGUUUCCAAGUCUUAUUGUUUUGUUGGGUAUUAGUUGGCCCUCUGAGACUUAACUACCAAACUUGUAUAUACAAUUCAGUACCUUAUGGUAACUGCAGUAAUCGAUCCAAUUUGUUUUGUUGUUCAAGACAAAGUAAAGCAUGUUUACAUUUAUUAAGUAACUCUGCUGGCACCUUAAACUAAUUUUAAGUGUUUAUGGUGCCUGGAGUUCAUGGACACAUGGUCCUGUGUCACUACUAAAAGUGUAUCAGAAUACAACAAAUCAUCUAUACUAACACAACAAGUGCUCGGUGAUUAAAACCAUUAGAAAUGAACUUAGCUUUUUACAAAACAGCUUCCCCAGGUAACCUCCCCCGCUGGUUACCACGGUAGUAGAAAUAUGUAUAUAAAAAAGAAAGGGAUACAAAUGUAUAUCUAAAAAGAAUAUAUCAAUAGAAACCUAGUGUGAUAUUGCAAUAUAAAGUUAAUUGACAUGCUUGUUAUCGAUUGCACUCACAAGAUGGAAGCUUUAAGAUUGCUUUAAGGCUGCCUCCUCCGAGUGAAGGGGGGCUAAGGCGACCUCACUGUCACUGGUGUUCUUAAUUCAAGAGCCGAGAAAGGUCAGGAAUCCAGGACGAUACAAAAUCUUUUUUAUUAUACCAAAAAGAACAUAGUUAUCAGUAAUAUGAAUUUUAAAAAUAUCAUAGAGCCCAGGUACUACGCAUUUCGUUCAUGUAUGUACUUCCUCAGGGACCUCCAAUGAUAAAACAUACCAUACAGUAAAAUUUCGACAUACAAUAAAAUACUGCCUGAAUACUUCCCUCUCCCGAGUCCCAUUAUAAAGGAAAAGCCAUUCCUGUUCAUUGUUUGUUGAGUGGGUGUCCUUCCUGUUACCUCAAUUGUUUAAUCAAUGUUUAUCAAUCACUUCUCAUUCCUUCGUACACACCUUCCUUCCCAGCUGUAAGUCCUAAUGUUACUUCAUACAUGCUGUUGCCAGUUUCUCAUGUGUUCCAGAGCGCACUUUCGUGUGUUCCAGUAGCGUCACUUCCACCUUUCCAUUCCACCAACAUUAGAUGUGCGUGCCAUCAGAGCCUUUCUUUGGUUGCGCCUUGUAGCUCUCCAUUUGUGUGGCUGGUACUGUCGGGACAGAGUCCUUUUAGUUCUCACCCCAGGUGGGCAGCGUGUAUAGGUUGCGGACGCUAAAGUCCACUUUGAGCCCUUGAGAGGCUUCCCAGGCAUCCCCUUGCCGCAUUCCUGUUCUCCAUCAGGCAAGACAUGUUCCGCCAUUGCUGGCCUUGUGCGUUCCAGCAACGUAGCCCAAAUGUUUUUGAAAAUAGCUUCUGGUGUUUAUGGCUGUGUGAUGGAGGCCUGGUGAGUCUAACUGAAUCAUCUGUAAGCCACAUGUAGCAGGGCCUGAUGCGUCCGCCCCCUUGGCGACCUCUGCUCCCGUCCAGCCUGGGAGUAAUGCAGGACCCACUGAGGGGCACAAAGCUGUGGCAGCUCAGAUCAGCGGGGACCAGGAAAUUCCCCAACAGUCCAAAGGGGGGAGGGUGGGGGGCGGAGGUGAGUCGCGUUCGUACGUGUCUUGGUUCAGCGGGAGGAAAUCAGCCGCCUUUCACCCACACAGUUUCUUGUAGGCUGCAACCUGCUGCCACGUCUCCUGGCUUCCCAAGGCGUCGGUUCAGGUAUCAAAAGUAGCGUGCAGGAGUCCCUAGUGUGUAGGGCUCCGUAGAGUGUUUUCCAGCACUUCAGCCUGAGAAAUCCCUGGUUAUACCGCUCCGACAGCAGGAGCUCAUGCGAGACACGUCUUGCCAGCUUGCUUGCCAGGCUCCUCCCCAGUGUGAUAUAUUCUUAAAUGUCAUGAUUCAUAUAAACUGCUUAACAAGUAAUAGUUGCAUAUACCUGUUUCUAAACUCAAACAAGAUUUUUAAAAAGCAAUACAUAGAUGGAAAAAAAUAAAUAAUAUAUAUAAUAAAAUGUCACCCUAUCAAAGGGGAAAAGACAUUCUAACUAAAUGUUUCUUUAAGCCGACAGAUGGUAAUAGCUAUGUCCAUCGGACUAGCUGUCACCAGUGGUCAUGGCUGGAGGGCAAAACUAAAAGCCAACUAAGGAGGGUCAGACGCAAUUGUUCCACUGUUCAAGACACUGGCAGAUUAUGUCAAACAUAAACUCGUCAAAAAUGGCUAUAAUAAAAACCAUAUAGAAAAACAGAUUAGGGAAAUGUCAAAAGUAAAAAGAAAUGACCUCCUUAUGGAUAGUAAUAAAAUUAGGGACAAUGGGCAAUUUGGAUAUGCCUUCAUGACAAGAUAUAAUACACAACAUAGAGAUAUUAAGAGAAGUUUACAGAAAUGCUGGCCCAUUUUAUUAAAAUACCCGUUCCUAGGAGAACUACUUCUGAAACAACCUUUAAUGAUUUUACAGGAAAAAUAUGAACUUGAAGAGUUUAUUGGCAUCAAGUUAUAUUAAAUGUAAACAGCCUACAACAGACAAUACCUUAGAAAUGGGGUUCAGAGGAUGCCAACACUGUAACACUUGUACCACUAUUUGGAUGGAAAGCUCUAUACAUUUCUUUAGUGUCUCCACUGCUGAGACUUUUCCAGUCCGUGCAGGGAUUGGCUACAGCACGGAUUUUUGUAGUAUACUUACUGAAGUGUCCAUGCGGCAAGCAAAAAAUGACUAGAAAUUAGAAUCAUGAAACACAUUAACAACAUAAAGAAAGGUGGACCUAACCCAUUCAGUCUCUACCCACUGUAGGUCUUGUCCAAAGUUUAAUUUAACACAGUUGAGAAGAUGCCUCUGGAUUGAAUCCCUCCACACCGGAGGGAAAGGGACAGAGUAAAAAAAAAACCUCUCCAAAAGGGAGACAUGUAGGAUCCAUAAAUUACAGACAUUUAGAACUCUUUGGACUUAAUGUGGAUAUAGAUCUGGUCUGCUUUCUGUAGGGGUAUCCUGUUAUCUUGUAUUUCAUUUUAAUUUCACUUGAUUUUUUUUUUUUUUAUCUAUAUAUUUUUUUUUAUUUUUAUAUUUUUGUUUCUCCUUUAAUUAUUUUGAUGUAUUAUUGGUCUUGUAAUUUAUAUUGUUUUACAUUUACUUUCAUAUUUGAUUUCAUCUCUAUUGGUUUAUUUUCUCACUAGUGACAUCAUCAUUAUUACCUAUAGAUGGAAUUUUUUAUAUAUACUUUUUUUUUAAAUAUAUAAUUUUCAUUAAUGUAUGAUUUUUAAAAAAAAUCUUGUUUGGGUUUGGAAACGGGUAUAUGCAGCUAUUACUUGUUAAGCACUUUAUAUGCAUUAUGACAUUUAAAAAUAUAUAUCACACUUAAUGGCACUUUAUUAUAAUGUGUAUUUAUUGAAAUAUAUUGAACCGGUCGUGGAUAUGUGUUGUUUUCCUGCAUUGUCACAGCCAUGAUUUGGUGUGGGUUGUGGCUCCGAAAUAAAUUGAGAUUACAGUUGAGAGAUUGGAAUCUAAUACCAUUUUCCCCAGAAGAUAAUUGUUUUAAUCCUAACGGAACUUUGAACACAUACGGUAUCCACAACCCAAGUAUGAACAUUGGCGUCCAUGGAACAUACCCCUAACGUUGGUGGAAUGCAAAAGCGAAAGUGACGUAACUGGUACGUAAGUGCGCUCUGGACCACAUGAGAAACUGGCAGCAGCAUGUAUGAAGUAACAUUAGGACUUACAGUUGGGGAGGAAGGUGUGUAAGAAGAAAGGAGAAGUGAUUGGCAAACAUUGAUUAAACAAUUGAGGGAACAGGAAGGACACCCACUCAACCACCAAUGAACAGGAAGGACUUUUCUUUUAUAAUGGGACUCGAGGCAAGGAGGAAUUCAGGCAGUUUUUUUUAUUGUAUACCGAAAUUUUAUGGUAUGGUACUUGUUUUAUCAUUGGAGGUCCCCGAGGAAGUUCAUACAUGAACGAAACGCGUAGGACUCUGAUAUUUUUUAAUUUCUUGUACUGAUAACUAUGUUCUUUUUGGUAUAAUAAAAAAGAUUUUUAUCUACCUGGAUUCCUGACCUUUAUUCGGCUCCUGAACUGAGAACACCAGUGACAGUGAGGAGGUUGACUUAGCCCCACAUCACUCGGGGGAGGCACCCUUAAGGUGAUCUUAAAGCUUCCAUUUUGUGAGUGCAAUCUAUAACAAGCGUGUUAAUUGACUUUGUAUUGCAAUAUCAUACUAUAUACCUACUAAAAGUGUAGCUAAGAUGCUUGAUUCCCUGCAGCCAACAGCCCUGCCUCCAGUUUUAAAAUGCUAUACUUCAGCCUCACUCCAUGCCAAGUCAUAGUAGGGAUUUAGGCAGUGAUUCGCUGAGUGCGCUCUGCGGACUCAUGCAGCAUAUCAUUGCCUGCUACUUUUGGUAUGGUGUAUAGGACCAUUAUUUCAUCAUUGGAGGCUGUGGUGCAAGCUGCCAGGGACUGAGCAACUUUACUAAAUUGUGAUUGAACCGUUUAGCUGUGAUGCAGGACACCAGGUUCCAUAACAACUCUAAUCUGUUGAACUAUAUUAAUUACAAACAUUUCUCUAAUAUGAGGGGUACAGUUUAUGGAAAUGUACUGCCAAGGGGUACACAAGGAAAAGAAAGGUUGGGAACCACUGAUCUAUGGAAUAUAUUCAAUUUUUAAGACUGAUGUUAAUGUAAUCUAAUGUACACCAAUUAUCUAAUUUUUCUUUUUUUUCCAUUAAAGUGGCAUAAAUAUAAAAGUACCAGUUAUGGCUAGUGGACCGGACACAGUGACUGUACACCGCUUACAAAAAAAAGGUAAAUAUAUAUUUCACUUGUGUGCUGCAGACUGAUGGCUAAUGAAAAUAUAUAUUUGUUUUUAUCUCAUUGGGUUUUAUACUUAGAAAUGAGAAAAAUCUAACUAAAAUAGUGCAACCAUGAUCAGCCACAACAUUAAAACUACUGACAGGUGAAGAGAAUAACAUUAAUUAUAUUGUUACAAUUGCAGGAGUCACAUGGAUGGAAUUUAUUAGGUAGCAAGUGUUCUUGAAAGAAGCAAAAAUUUGAGUGACUUUGACAUGGGCCAAAUAGUGAUUACUACACCAAAAGUGGUGCAAGGAAGAACAACCGGUGAACUCAUGUCAGGAUCAUGGUGUGGGGAGCGAAACUAGCCUGGUCUACUCACGCAGAAGGGCUACUGUAGCUCAAAUUACUAAAAAGUGUAAUGCUGGUCAUGAUAGAAAGUCGUUUACCUGGGGAAAGCUGACAGCAUGAUAUACUAUGGGAAGAAGGUUAUGCUCAGCGCAGUGUUAUACUGGGAAACCUUGGGUCCUGGAAUUCAUGUGGAUGUUGCUUUAACAUGUACGACCUAACUAGAGAUAGUUGCAGACCACGUACACCAGGGCCUGAUUAAUAUAGGAGCUGAUGGUGCUGCAUGGAGCAUUGAUUAGGAAAAAAAAAAAAGGUUUUUAAAUGUUUUUUUUUUUCUUUCUACUCUGCAUAUGCUCUUGCUUAAGUAUGGACACUUGAGAGUGAUGUAGGGAAACAAAACUGGUGUGGACUGGUUGACAAUGAAAUUAGUUAAGGUAAAGCUGACUUUGCGCACUAUGCAAAUGCUCUUGCUGCUUCAUCUCUAUAACACUGUGGCAUGUUCCCUUUCUUCUACACUCACUACAUACACUUUUUCUCUGUCCCAGACUGUAUAACAGUCUGCUAGUAAGAAAGUUAGGAGAGGGAGGGGUGGACCAGCAUAUGCUAAGGGACAGCUCUUAAAAAGUGUAGAGCUAGCACAUCACUAGACGUAUUUAUGCCAAGCUCAAGGUGCUGUCUGCUCAGUAUGCCCUUGGUUGGUCAUCUUGCAUGAUAUAGCUAUCAGAAAAGGUGCAUUCAUGCCAGGCUGGUCUAAUUCUUUGUGCAGACACUCCACCUUUUUGGGCGUGUUUGUCCCUUUGGGCGGUUCUGGUUACAUGAUUUACAUAAGUGGCCCACCCUUUUACCGCGCCCACUGAAAUCCUGCAUCACUGGACACUGCUAUUACGGGUUAUGGAUUUACUUGAAAAAUGAAAGUGAGAAAUUAGCAUAGGAUAUAUUUUUUUAUGAUACAUACUGUGAGUUCCCUCCAGCACCACCUAUAUUAGAUACAUGACGCUUGGGAGGUAUAACUGUGUUUUAGUGUUUUGUAUCGAUAAGAUUCUGUUGUUAGGCACAUCACAAUUGUCAGCACCAGGCCCAAUAGGCCCUUAAUCUGGCCCUGACGUACACCUGUUAAUGGCAGUGGUGUUCCCUGAUGGCAGCAGCAUCUUUCAGCACGAUAAUGCACUCUGCCAUACUGCAAACAUUGUUCAGGAUUGAUUUAAAGAACAUAACAGAGUUAAACAAAUUUGAUCAAUGAAGCCCCUAAUGUCUUGGUGCCAGAUACCACAGGACAUAUUUAGAGGUCUAGAGGAGUCCAUGUCUCGAUGCAUUAAAGCUGUUUUGGAAGCACGAGGGUGGCCUACACAUUAUUAGGCAGCUGUUUUUAAUGUUGUGGCUGAUCAGUGUGUAGCGGUUUAUUCACAAAAGGCAGGAUUGCAGCCCAGAUGGAAGAUAUUGCUGCUCUACCCUUUAUGUUCAAUGUGAAGAGUAUGCUUUGCCCCUUAAAGGGACACUAUAGGCACCCAGACUCUUCAUCUCAUCGACGUGGUCUGGGUGCAAUGUCCCUGUCCCACUUAGUCCUGCAAUGUAAAUCAUUGCAGUUUUUUAGAAAUUGCAAUGAUUACUUUGCAGCACUAAUACUGCCUUCAGCCUCUAUCAGACAGCCACUAGAGGCUUUUUUUCCGGGAUUCUAAGGGACUCCCUUAAAAAGACACUGGACGUCCUUAUCCUCUGCAUGAGGACAUGCAUCGCCAGUGCACACCCCAUAGGAAAGCAUUAAGGCAAUGUUUUCUUAUGGGGAGGGCCUAAUGCGCUCACUUGGAUUCCCCCUUCGGAUGACAUCAGAGGAGGCAGAGUGCCAACCCAGGGCCAAGGGAGAUUGGAAGUGGAAUUGUGCGAGUAAAUAAAGGUUGUUUUUUUUUCCCUGCCCUUAAUGUGAGAGGGGCCUCGAGUGAGGGGGGACCAGAGGACGCUAUAGUUUUAGGAAUAAAAAUCUGUAUACCUAACACUGUAGAAUCCCUUUAAAGGACCACUAUAGUGCCAGGGAAACAUACUCGUUUUCCUGGCACUAUAGUGCCCUGAGGGUUCCCCCACCCUCAGGGACCCCCUCCCGCCCGGCUCUGGAAAGGCGAAAGGGGUUAAAACUUACCUUUUUCCAGCGCCGGGCGGGGAGCUCUCCUCCUCCGAUCCUCCUCUUCUCCUCCCAGUCGGGUGAAUGCGCACGCGCGGCAAGAGCUGCGCGCACAUUCAGCCGGUCACAUAGGAAAGCAUUCAUAAUGCUUUCCUAUGGACGCUGGCGUGCUCACUGUGAAAAUCACAGUGAGAAGCACGCAAGCGCCUCUAGCGGCUGUCAAUGAGACAGCCACUAGAGGAAAUAGGGGAAGGCUUAACCCAUUCAUAAACAUAGCAGUUUCUCUGAAACUGCUAUAUUUAUGAAAAAAUGGGUUAACCCUAGCUGGACCAGGCACCCAGACCACUUCAUUAAGCUGAAGUGGUCUGGGUGCCUAGAGUGGUCCUUUAACUGAUGUUUUGUAAACUUCUGACCCACUCUUAAGGUGGAUUUGAAUUAAAUCAAUAGUUAGCAAGACUCUAACUUAGUGAAUUGGUUAUAGUGACUGGAGUCUCCUUGCACUGUCCCUCCAUUAAGUGUUAAAUACUUUUCAAGCAGCUGAACACUGAGUAUCAGUCCAUGGCCACCCCCAAUCCAGCACCUACUAAACAUCUGGCUAAGCUAAAACACACUGCCUUCUAGCCAUACCAAUACCAGCAAUGGGUGCUGUGAUAGACGCUGCCCAUUGAUACUCAUGUUACUGCUUCCACAUUAGUCCAAGCAGCACAGAGGGAGAGGGCUAAUGGGGAAUCUUUUUUUUUUAGCAUUAAAGGUACAUGCAUCACUUGAAAAUUACAUUUUUAAACUGUCAAGCAAACACUUUGAGACAAAUAUAGAAACCAAAAUAAACCAAGAAAUGUAUGCAGGGGCGUAUUAGACGCGAGGCAAACAAGGCAUUUGCCUUGGGCGGCAUUUUUCAGGGGGCGGCAAAAAACGCCGCCCCCCAAAUGCCCAGGGCAAAUGCCUAGUUAGCCUUGCGACUAACAGACAUCCCGAGCGGGCAGGCGGCAUCUUGCUGCUGUGCGGGCAGCUGGCGAGGGAGCACUUCCUCUGAGCACUCUGCUCAGCUCCCUUGCGUGCCGCAGAGUGAGGCUGGGAGCCGGAAUAUGACGUCAUAUUCCGGCUCCCAGCCUCACUCUGCGGCGCGUGAGGGAGCUGAGCAGUCAGCUCAGAGGAGGAGCUCCCUCGUUAGCCGCCCGCCCAGCAGCCAGAGCCGCCCAGCCCGACCGGCAGCCACUGAACCACCAGGGAGAGAGAGACCCCCCCCAGCACUCCCAAAGGUAAGGAGGUUGGGGGGGGGAUUUAAAUUUAAAAAAAGUUAAUGUGUGUGUGUGUGUGUCUGACUGUGUGUGUGUGUGUGUUCGUGUCUGACUGUGUGUGUGUGUGUUCGUGUCUGACUGUGUGUGUGUGUUCGUGUCUGACUGUGUGUGUGUGUGUCUGUCUGUGUGUGUGUGUGUGUGUGUGUGUGUUUGUGUCUGAGGUGUGUGUGUUUGUGUCUGACUGUGUGUGUGUGUUUGUGUCUGACUGUGUGUGUGUGUCUGUGUGUGUGUGUUUGUGUCUGUGUGUGUGUUUGUGUCUGACUGUGUGUGUGUGUUUGUGAGUGUGUUUGUGAGUGUCUGUGUUUGUGUCUGACUGUGUUUGUGUAUGUGUGUGUUUGUGUCUGACUGUGUGAGUUUGUGUUUGACUGUUUGUGUAUGUGUGUGUCUGUGUAUGUGUCUGACUGUGUGUGUGUGUCUGUGUAUGUGUCUGACUGUGUGUGUGUGUGUGUGUGUAUGUGUUUGACUGUGUGUUUGUGUCUGACUGUGUGUGUGUAUUUAGAAGGUGGGGCGGGGGAAGGGUUGGGUGGGGGUGGCGCGGGGGGAGGGUGGCGCCUGAGUUUUGUCCUGCCUAGGGCAGCACAAAACCAGGAUACACCACUGAAUGUAUGUAAUAAACCUUUAUAAACUUAGUCAGAUUGCAUUGUUAGGCACUCCUCUCAUCCCCCUCCUCCUCCCUUUUACCCACCCAUGACACUUUUAGACCAGCCCGCUAAUGACCGAAACAGGGCAACAUUGUGCAGCAGCAGGAGGGGGAAACUCAACACUGGAGCUUUUGCAUAUUAUUAGUUAAAUCAGAACUGGUUUUAUUACAUACCAUUAGAAAUACAUAGGUGAUGAUGUUAUUGCAAGGUGAACUAUCUCCAGUUUAAUAGGUUAUUCACUCAUAUUUGGAGGGCAGCAUAAGUUCAUAGAUGUUCAUUGUGUGAUAGUCUUUUUUUUUUUUUUAUAGCUUUGUAUGUAUGUUAUAAUUCAUUCUGUGAAAAAGUGCACGUUCUCUGCAGACACAAGUUUAAUUAAAGGACCACUAUAGGCACCCAGACUACUUCAGCUCAAUGAAGUGGUCUGGGUGCCAGGUCCCUCUAGUUUUAACCCUGCAGCUGAAAACAUAGCAGUUUCAGAGAAUGUUUCACUGAGGGUUAAUCCAGCCUCUAGUGGCUGUCUCACUGACAGCCGCUAGAGGCUCUUCCGCGAUUCUCUGUGAAAAUCACAGUGAGAAGACGCUGGACGUCCAUAGGAAAGCAUUAAUUAAUGCUUUCCUAUGGGCGGUUUGAAUGCACGCACGGCUCUUGCCGUGCAUGCGCAUUUGGAUCGGACGUUGGCAGAGGGAGGAGAGGUCACCAGUGCAGAGCGAGCCCGGCACUGGAGAAAGGUAAGUGGCUGAAGGGGUUUAAACUCCUUCACCCCAGCGGGAGGGGGGCCCUGAGUUUGGGGGGGACCUAAUGAUCCUAUAGUGCCAGGAAAACGAGUUUGUUUUCCUGGCACUAUAGUGGUCCUUUAACUUGAAGUAAAUAUUCCAAAAAUGUAAAUAUUGCAUGAGUACACAGCAUUCUUUCCAACAUUUCAAAUGGACAAAGAGGGACACUUUUCUGUCCGGGGUUUUAGUGGGCGUGUGGUCAGGGGCAGCACUGUUCUAAGAAAUUUUAGGAAACUUACUAAUAACAAUUUAUGUAACUCCAAAAAUAGAGACUGUUCCUUCUAAAUAGUGACAUUUAAGAGGUGUACUACAGUUUCCUGCUACAUAACUUACACUUAUUUCAUGCUGCAUAACCUUUUGGCCUGUAAGUUGUCUUAGGUUUUGAUUAGAUAGAUUUUUUUUUUCUCAAGCUAAUUUUAUUUAAAAAAGAAAUAAUUUAAAUUAAAAAAAUCUGUUUUUUUUAAUGUGUUAUUUAAAUUUAUUUUUUUUAAUUUAAAAUCCAUCCUGCCCACUUUUUCUUAACUGCCAAAGAUCCUGACCUAUAUUUAAAAAAACAACAGUGCAAGACAGUACUGAGAACAGACAACAGCUCAUCUUGUGCUAUUACAAAAGAACCAGGGCCAUUUGCAUAUCAGACUGAACCCACCCAAAAGGGCGGUGCAGAUCUGAAAUGCAGGCCUGCUCUCUGCAUGAGAGGUAACGCAACCCCAGACGAUUGUUUCAGCCUUGUUAGGCAUUGUCAGUGAGGUACAGCCGAUACUUCUCUAGGCACCGUGAGCAAGGGGUCCACGUCUGAUUACCUUUUAAACUUGGGGAGAAUUGAAAAACAAUGUGCAAGGGUACUGACAGCAGCUCAAUUAGCCUGCUGUUCGGUGGGUCCAUGCUCAGAUAUCAAGCUUUGCCUCUAAUUUUAAGAACAAUGAGAAUUGGCAUCAUCAGUGACUCCCAUCAGACGUCUUCUCAGUCUGUAAAAUAAGUUAUCAGUGCCAUCAGCCCAACCUUGACUUAGAAUCUUCUGCCUUUUUUGCUCCUCAAAUCCCAAAACCCACCCUCUCGAUCCUAUCUCACCUGCCAGCUUGCCCAUCUCAUUUACUCAUAUCUACUAAAAUAGUUACAGGUUCUUUGAAAAGUGCUUUUACACCAAUCCCUUAAAAUCCUUCUGUAGAUAUUUGUCUAUACAAUUAUGGUCAGUUUAUUUGUUUAUGAUUCUAAAUCACAGAAGAUAGUUGUGUGGAAUAAUUUGUUUUCUGCAGCAAAGAUCUUAUUGACCACUUAUCCACAUCCUAAUGAGAUGAUUUUGGCAAAGGUUCUGUACCUACUGUCUAUUAAAUCCAACACUUCUCAAGGCUAAUUUAAAAAAAAAAAAAAAAAAAUUUGCCUUUACCUUUUGUAGAUUACCAGUGUCUUCAUGAUAUUUCUUGCCUGCUUGAUGCAGGUUUUUCUUGACUUGUGUCAAAACUUAAUCACUAAAAUGAUUAUUCAUUUGUUCUGCUUAAUUCCUCCAUACAUCUCUUGGAAACUGGCCACAGCAUUAAAAUCACCUGCCUAAUAUCAUGUAGUUCCCCUUUGUGCUGCCAAAACAGACCUGAUGAGUCAAGGAAUGGACUUCACAAGACCUCUUAACAUGUCCUGUGGUAUCUGGUACCAAGACAUUACCAGCAGACCCUUUUAAGUCCUACGUGAUGUGAGGUGGGACCUCCAUGAAUCAGAUUUGUUGUUCCUAUUCAGAAUGAGAUGUGGGGAAUUUGGAGGCUAGGGCAACACCAUUAACUCUUUUUCAUGAUCCUCAAACCAUUCCUGAACAAUUUUGCAGUGGGGCAGAAUACAUUAUCCUGCUGAAAAUGGCCAUUGCCAUGAAAGGAUGUACCUGGUCUCCAACAAUCUCUAGGCAGGUGGUACGUAUCACAUGAAUACCAGUGCCCAAGGUUUCCUAGCAGAACAUUGCACAGAGCACAAUACUGCCUCGGCUGUCCUGCCUUAUUCUCAUAAUGCAUCCUCUUGUCAUCUCUUCCCCAGGUUAACAACCCAUACACAUCCACCUUAUCUAAAACAAAGCAUGAUUCACCAGACCAGGCAAACCACUUCUAUUGCUCAAUGGUCCAGUUCUGAUGCCCACAUCCCCAUUGAAUUUAAAGGUGUUUUCGGCGGUGGACAGGGGGUCAUCAUGGUCACUCUGAGAAGUUUGUGGCUCUGCAGCCCCAUACACAGCACACUGCAUUGCACUGCGUGUUCUGACAGCUUUGUCAUGGUCAGCAUUAAGCUUUUCAGUAAUUUAAACUACAGUAGCUCCUCUGUGUGAUUGGACCAGUCAGGCUAGCCUACACUCCCAGCGUGCAUCAAUGAGCCUUGGGUGUACAUGGCUCUGACGCCGGUUCACUAGUUGCAUCACUUUUUGGAGAUUUGCCCUUUUGGAGAUGCUCUCACCCAGGCCAUCACCAUUUGGCCCUUGUCAAAGUCAUUUGGACUUUUUGCUAGUCCAUUUUUCCUAGUCCAAAACAUGAAAUUCAAGAACUAACUGUUCACUUGCUGCCUAAUAUAUCCACCCUCUUGACAGAUGCAAUUGCAAUGAUUUAAUCAGUGUUAUUCACUUCAUCUAUCAGUGGUUUUUAGUGCUGUGGCUGAUCAGUGUAGGUGGUAUUUACAAACAUAAAGUCAUUCAAAGUUUACCUGUUUUGUACUGCUUUUUUUAACCCACUGAUCUCUAAUCACUCUCCCAUGAUUAAAUCAUUGCAAUUGCACCUAUCAAGAGGGUGGAUAUAUUGGGCAGUAAGUAUAUAUAAAUAUAAAUUAUAGCCAGAAAUCCUGUCAUUUUAUACCUGUCUAGCCUUUUAACAAUGCCAUUUCUGCAUAUUAUUUUUCUAUACUCUUCAUAAACUUACUUUGGUAUUGAAUGGAUGCCAUGAAGAAGUAGGAGAAAAAUCCAGUUCAGACCAUCAUUUUUUAUUUAUUUAAUAUUUACAUGAAUACUAGAAUAAAAGUACUAAGUAUCCUCCUGAGAACAGUGAAAAUAAUUUUCUUCCAAUAUGCCAUCCAUUUUUGACGAAAAGGAAGAGGAAGGGGGUUGGAGUCUGACUGUAGAGCAGAUGCAUGUCACUGCAGCUCCUGCUUCUUACUGCAAAACUCAAUGAUUUCUAUCGGGCAGAGGCAGUGAAUAGACAAAUUAUUGCUGACAUAUCAAAGAGGACAGCAUGAUCUCUAUGCCUAUACCACAUAAGUGGACUUUUGUACUAGGCUUGCCCGGACAGACCUCACAGCCUAGAAGCAUGGUCGGCAUCGCCUAGACUAUCUGCAGAUCACAGCUUGGGAGUUAUCCCGGUCCCCACCAACCAGACACGCAUCAUACCUAUUCCAUGCCGCACACUUACAGGCUCCAACCCCAUCGGCCUAGCGAGAUGGUGGAUGCAACCCAACUGCCAGUGCCUGCAUCCAGGCAGCCCACCUAUGCAACUGGACCUUAUAUUUACCCGCUUCAGGGAUCUGCUGGAGCAACGCCUGUCACAGAUGUCUCCUACCAGUGGCGUACACGCAAUCCAUGGGGCCCGGUGCGAAACUGAUCCAUGGGAUCCCCAUUACCCCCCCAACAGACACAGACUCACAUACAUAUAGACACACAUACAUACAUACAUACAUACACACACACACACAUAGAUACAUACAGACACAGAAACACACAAGACACACAUACAUACAAACACAGACACACACAAGAUACAUACAGACACAGACAGACACAUACAUACAGAAAGACAAACACGCACACACAAGACACACAUAAAUACAAAGACACAUACAUACAAACUCACAGGCACACAUACAGACACACACAGACACUUACACACAGGCACACACAUACAGACAGACACUUACACACAGGCACACACAUACAGACAGGCACACAUAAAUACAGACACAUACACACAUAUACAAAAUGUAUAUGUUUCCCACCCUGUUUCCUACCUUUUAGGUGCAGGAGACUUUCCCUGGGGUCCAGUGGUGGCUCAGGUUGAUGGGAGUCAGAGUUCCCUCUAGGACUCCCUCCUCUGCUUUCUCCCGCGUGGGCUCUGUGUGAUAGCUGGGAGGAGUAACCGGGGCAGUCACUUACUCCCAGCGUGUGAUGUCAUCACAGGGGGCCGGGUUGUGCUGUUGAAGCGCUGCAGCGCUGACCAGUUCCCCUGAAAAUCCAUCUCCAUCGGGUGGCCCUAACAGCAUGGGCCACCCGAUGGACCCCUUGAACGGCAGCCCCGGCGGGUGCAAAACACGGUGGCUGGUACCCGGUCGCAGGGCGGCUGGGCACCCUGGAGUGACGGGCCGGGUCGCAACUGCGACCCCUAUAUGUACGCCACUGUCUCCUACCCACGGCAGGGAAGUGGAGGGUUCCAGGAAAACGGAGCGGAUCAGUCCUGUCUUGGGCAAAGCUAAACCUUGAGUACCCAUAUUAUGUGCUGCACGCCCGCCUGGGCCAAAGGUCACACGGCGACCCUCUCCGAGGCAUCACCCACACUGCCGGAAGACUUGGCGGCAGAGAAACAUCAGGGCCUUCCGAAGCGCCCACACAGGGAAAGACCUGGCCUCACAGAGCUCCUGCGUCUGUGGAAGACAGAUGCCGACCUUUAACAAGGCCUGGGCUGAGGAGGGGCCUCUCUGUGCUCGUGAUCCAUCAACACCCUCCGGUACCAUAAAACACCCGCCAUCUCGCUGCCCAGUAUGGGAACUGGCUGACUUUGUGGCUAGUGAACUGUGCACAGUACAACACCUGCUGAGGACUUUACCAUAGUAGGGUACCAUCUAUACCACACAAGAUGAGUUUGUUUAACCCCUUAAGGACGGUGGGCUUUCUAUGCCGUCCUUAGGGAACCGGCUUUAAACGCUGGAGGGCGGCAUAGAACGCCUUAACCGUCCUUUGUACUUACCCGGUCGCCGGCGAUCGCGGUAUGAGCAAUUACCUGGGAUCCCAGGGAGUCCCCCUCCGUCCUCUUCGGCUCCCCGGGGCCGUGUGAUCACGAGGUCCUUGCGACGACCUCGUGAUUACAUGGACGGCAUAGCAGUCCAAGGCAUUGCCAGCAGGGGGAGUGCCUGUAAUGACAGGUACUCCCCCUGCUGUCUGAAAAAUUUAAAAAAAUAAAGUUAAUAACAGUUUAAAAUAAAAUAUAUACUUAGAUUAUAUAUAUGAUCGAAGUGUGUGUGUGUGUGUGUAUAUAUAUAUAUCUACAUUCAUUAAGUAUAUUUUAAUAUUAAUAUAUAUAUAAUUAUAAAUACAUUAAUAUCAAAAUAUACGUACAAUGAUAUUGAUUAAAUAUAUAUAAUUUUCAUUAUAUAUAUAUAUAUAUAUAUAUUUAUAUAUAAUAUAAAAUAAAUAUGUAAAUACGUUAAAUAAAAUUAAAAAAUAAUAAAUAUAUCACCUGUGUAAAUGCGUUCUAACUGUAUUUUAAAAUUAAUAUAUAUAUGUAUAUAUUGAUAUCAAAAUACAUGUAGAACGAAAUAAUAUAUAUAUCUAUAUACAUAACAACUACAUACGUAUAUAUCACUAUAUAUAUAUAUAUAUAUAUAUAUAUAUAUAUAUAUAUAUAUAUAAUAAUAAAAAUAUAUAUAUAAUUCUACGUAUAUAUUCAUGUAAUAAUUUUACAUAAUUAGGUCAUUUUAUUAAUUACAAUUAGCAGGACCUGCCUCACAACCCAGGCCAAAAGUCCAAGGAAUUUAAUUUGCUAGCACUAUAUUUAACCCUGUAACUUUCCAAGACACCAUAAAACCUGUACAUGGGGGGUACUGCUUUACCUGGAAGACUUUGCUGAACACAAAUAUUAUUGUUUCAAAACCGUAAAAUGUAUUACGACGAUAUUGUCAGUGCAAGUGAAAUUUUUUGCAUUUUUCACACACAAAUGGCACUUACACGGACGAUAUAAUUGUUGUGAUACGUUUUACUGUUUUAAAACACUAAUAUUUGUGUUCAGCGAAGUCUUUCGAGUAUAACAGUACUCCUCGUGUACAGGUUUUUUGGUGUUUUCAAAAGUUAGAGAGUCAAAUAUAAGGCUUGCUUAUCAGUUUUUUCACAUUGAAAUUCGCCAGGUUGGUUAUGUUGCCUUUGAGACCGUAUGGUAGCCCAGGAAUGAAAAUUACCCCCAUGAUGGCAUACCAUUUGCAAUAGUAGACAACCCAAGGUAUUGCAAAUGGGGUAUGUUCAGUCUUUUUUAGUAGCCACUUCGUCACAAACACUGGCCAAAAUUGGCAUUCAAAUUAGUGUUUUGGGCUACCAUACGGUCUCAAAGGCAACGUAACCAAUCUGGCAAAUUUCAAUGUGAAAAAACUGAAAAAUGUAACAUGCUAUAUUUGACCCUGUAACUUCCCAAAACACCAUAAAACCUGUGCAUUGGGGGUACUGUUUUACACGUGAGACAUCGCUGCAUACAAAUAUGUGUAUUUUAUUGCAGUAAAAGCAAACAGUAAUAUGAUAUUCACUGUUAGAAUGUCACGUAGAACUAAAAAAAAAAAUUAAAAAUUCUUAUUUUCUCCCAUUUUUUUACAUUUUAUUCAUAUUAAAUUAUGUUUCAUACCUAAAUAUUUGAUGUUAAAUGAAAGCCGGUUUCCCCCGAAUAAAAUUAUAUAUAAUAAGUGUGGGUGCACAUAAUAUGAAAGAGGUGAAUUACGCCUGAACAGACAUAUAGCGCAAAUUAAAGUUUUUGUUUACGUUUUGUUUUGAUCACAACGUGUACAUUUGGCUCAGUCCUUAAGGGGUUAAAGGGAAACUCCAGUGCCUGGAAAACAAUCGGUUUUCCUGGCACUGCAGGUUCCCUCUCCCUCCUACCCCCCAAUCCCCGGUUGCCGAAGGGGUGAAAACCCCUUCAGUAACUUACCUGAGGCAGCGACGAUGUCCCACGUCGCUGCUUCUCCCUCCGCGCCGAUCCUCCUUCUGACCGGCCGGGGAGACCUAAUGCGCAUGCACGGCAAUGCCGCGCAUGCGCAUUAGCGCUCCCCAUAGGAAAGCAUUGAAAAUGCAUUUCAGUGCUUUCCUAAGGGGAAAUGAGCGAUGCUGGAGGUCCUCACACAGCGACGUCCAGCGACGCUCUAGCACAGGUUUUCUAUGCUAGGAACCAGGAAGUGCCCUCUAGUGGCUGUCUAUUAGACAGCCACUAGAGGUGGAGUUAACGCUGCAAGGUAAUUAUUGCAGUUUAUAAAGGGUUAAGAGUAGUGGGAGUUGGCACCCAGACCACUCCAAUGGGCAGAAGUAGUCUGGGUGCCUGGAGUGUCCCUUUAAUUAUCCCUUUGUUCUACCCCUCCAGCUUAUUUUCUAUAGCGUCUGCUGUAGAAUACCUAGAAGUCAAAUGUUAACCUCUAAGUCAUUGUUACCAAACUACCUACCCUAACUAGGAAAAAUUCUGCUGAGUAAUACUUUCGGAGACACCAGCACGCCUAUCCUGUGCUUGGCCCUCUUAAAUUCAGGCUCCCAGAGUAGUUUAUAAGCGUGGCACCACUGCCAAUCUGCUAUUUAUAGAUCGCAAACCACGUACUGCAAGUGACCCCAGCACCUACUUCUUGAGACAUACUCUUACAUGUAUAUUUUUCCCUUAGGUUGUAAAUCUGUUUGUGCUAAAAUUUUAUUUUGAAGUCACUAAACCCUUAAAGCGGCACUGUCAUGCCGAAUCCUGUUUUUUUUUUAACCCCCCCUCCGGCCUCCACUACAUCUAACUGACACCCUAGUCACCCCCAAAUGCCCCUAAGCCCCCCACAUUACCUAUUUUUUAUUCCUUGUUUUCUGCCCUGAUCUAUAUUCAGGGCGCUGCCAUCUUUGUGUGGGUAGAUGAAGUCCCUGUGGGACACGUCAUCAGCCCACACUAGAUAGACUGAUUCCCGCACAUGCCCAGUGAAACACCUGGACAUGGGAACGGGAAUUUCACCUAUUCAUUCAUUCAUCAGACAGACGAAUGAAUGAACAGAAAGAUCAGCCGAACAAACAAACACUAUGUAUCAGUGUUCGUUUGUUCGUGCAGUUUAUUACAAGGAGGGAGCUCUUUUGAAUUUUCCCACGCUGUGUAAAAUGACAAAGAGCACUCUGAUUGGCUUAAACCCACCAAUCAAAGUGUUCUUAGCCUAACUGCAGGGUGGGGCAAGGCUUUUGUAAGCCUUCCCCCGCCCUACCGAGCUCAGUCUGCGCGGAGCCCUCCAUGGGUGAAGAUGGAUUAUUUUUUUGCGCUCGGGUUUUUUCUUUUUUGUCGGGUUUCUUUUUUUGCGCUCUGGAUUUUUAUUUUAUUUUCAAUUCGACGGUUAUGAUGGUUUUUUAUUUGGCCUUUUUUGGGGCUGAAAAAUGAAGAUUUGAGGAAAAAGAAGACGUCGAAUGGUAAGUUUCAUUUUAUUUUACAGGUUAGUUAUUUUAUUCCCCCCUCACUAUUUUUUAGGGUGAGGGGGGUAGGUAGGGACUUUUUAUUUGGGUGGGGGGGUGGGUGACUAGGGGCUUGGGGACCCCUAGUCACCUUGGUGGGGAGGGGGGAAAUUGACUUAGGGCCCCCACCCCCAGGUGGGGGGACAGUAGGUCCCCCCCCUCAUUAUCUUUAUGGCCCCAACCUGCCGCCCAGGGGUGGGGUCCGGGGGGGGGCAGUAGGCCCCCCCAUUAUCAUUAUGACCCCCACCAACCGCACAGGGGUGGGGAUUGGAGGGGGGGUUGACAGUAGGUCCCUUCCCCCUCAUUAUCUCCAUGGCCCCCACCCGCCGCCCAGGGGUGGGGGCCGCAGGGGUGGUGGACAGUAGGUCCCCCCCCAUUAUCUUUAUGGUCCCCACCCGAUGCCCAGGGGUGGGGGCCGGAGGGGGGGUGGACAGUAGGUCCCCCCCCUCAUUAUCAUUAUGGCCCCCACCCGCCGCGCAGGGGUGGGGGCCGGUGGGGGGGGACAUUAGGUCUCCCCCCUUAUUUUACUUUAGGGCCCCCACCCGUCGUUUAGGGGUGGGGGCCAAUAGUUUUUUUGUUUUUUUUUUACAGUGAGCAGCCACAGGCUGCUCACUGCUUACCAGACAUGCCCCUACUCGCGGUAUAGCGAGUAGGGGCAUAUUAUUUACUAAUACUAAAUAAUUUUUACUUAGUAUUCGUAAAUGUGGCUGAAAGACCAAUUUAGGUCUUUCAGCCUUUUAGUAGAUAGCUCCCUGAUACCGUGGGAAUUAGGGAGUUAUCUACUAAGCGGCUGCAAGAUGCAGCCACAGCACUAAUAGGAUCAGAGUUUCAUUCAUUCUAAUGAAAUUCCGAUCCGAAUAAAAUGCCGAAUUGCGUUCUAACACAAACGAACAUACUGUUCUCAUUCAGUUAGAACGCAAUUCGGCAGUUUUGUGUAAAGUGACAGGAAGCAUCGCGGGAACACUGAGGAAAGGUAAGAAUUAUGGGAAAAUUGCUCUGACCAGCGGAAAUGAAGCACACUUUGCUCCUCCGCUGGUCAGAGCUGGUCAAGCGGAGGAAUCCUCCAUAAGGCAAAGAGUCCCUACUUUGUCUUAUGAUUUUAAAGAAAACUAAAGAAGACCGGAAGAAAAGAAUAACAGAUCCUGAGAGAGGGGGAGAAGAGGAAGAGAUUGAGCAAAGGUAAGUUUGGAAUGACAGUGCUGCUUUAAUGGUCAUGUCCCUAGCAAUGUGUGUGUCUCCCAGGUGGAUGCAAGCCUGAUGAUUUAUUAGUUCCAUUAAACUACCAUGCUUUGACUGUAUCUACCUAUUUCUAAAGCAUUUCUCACAUCUACUCUCCACAUAUCUUGACUAGCUUGUGACAGUAUAAUUUGUUGAAUGCUUAGAUAUGUGUCGCCUAACUUGUUUAAAUUUAGUUUUUCUAAAAUAUAAAAAAAAAUUAUGCUGAAUAUUCAGAGUUCAGUACCAUAUGCAUACCUACUAUAACUGUCAUGUCUUGCUUAGACUCCUUUUUCUAAUUUCUGUAUUGUAUCAACUAUGCCUCAAAUAAAAAACAGAUUGACAAAAAGAAAAGGAAGAGUAAGUUCCCAGCAUCCCAGUCUAUCACAUGACAUAUCGCUGGAAAGCCCAGGAUGUCCUCUUUACAAUACAGCUAAAGAAUAAAAGGAGAUGCAUGUGAGCGAAAUGUACAGUACAGAGUUAAUGGUCUGGGUCUCAGGAGUAUAUAAUUUUACAUUUUAAAAUUUUUCAGAGCAAAAAAAAAAGGUUUCAGUGACUUAUUUUUGUUCCCAAAAACAAGUACUAAUUUACAUAGCUAGUUUCAUAGUACAUCUUCUUCUUGUGAAUCAUCUCCUUUACGAAUGGUUAAAUUUUACUGUCACUUAGGAAAGUCCUUUUCUUGACAGAGGCACUUCAUCAUUUCCUCACUAGCCUAAAAAGACAAAAAAAUGCUUCCUAGAACUUGUGAAGCUUGUCAUGUGAUGUUGAGUGAACUUGCAUUCAAAGGAACAAACUAAGGCUUCUUGAUUCUGUGUUUUUUUAACCUUUUAGCUUUCAGCAGCCAGAGUGGUAUUACUUUUAACACAUUUGAAACCACAAUUGCUGCCUGCUGUGUUAUUACGAUGAGGAAACAAAUUAGGCAAAAUAGACAUACAUGUGAUCAUGACCAAAAGUCCUUUGGAAAAACACGCUGUGACAAGGUAAAUCUUGCACUGUCUCUCUCUGAACGUCUACGAUUAUUUUAGCUUGUCUUGCAUCAAAGUCAAUUCUGUGCAAAUUUAUUUAUCAUUCUUAAUUUUUUUUUGUCACUCAGUCAGUGAAUGGAGACUGGGGCUGAUUUUGGCUUGUGCAGGUCUGAGCAUCACCAAGGAGGAGGAGUGUUAGACUCUAAGCCUGAAGGGGAUCCAAGUAAAAGGCCAAACCUUUACUAAAUGUUUUGCCCCAUAACUGGGGAACAGAGCCAGUGUACUCCUGACAUCACAACCACUAUAGGUUUCCGUAGCAGUUAUGAUGUAUGGAGUAAAGGGAAAUUGUCACUUUUCUUGAAACUAAUCCAUUAAAAAUCCACCUAUAACUUGUAUUAAAGGGAUACUAUAGGCACCUAGACCACUUUAGCUUAUUGAAGUGGUCUGGGUGCACUGUCCCUGUCAGUUUAACCCUGCAAAUAUAAUUAUUGCAGUUAUUGAGAAACUGAAAUAUUUAUCUUGCAGAGUUAACUCCACCUCUAGUGACUGUCUUCCAGACAACCAUUAGAGGCGUUUUUGGGUUGUUAGGUGACUUUUGGUCCCCUGACGCUGGACCUUCUCCUAGGCUAUAGUUUCCCUUUAACCUUUUUCAUGUGCUGCUUUGUUUUCUUUUAAAAUGUAUUUUCAAUAUUUAACAUGUAACCUUGCAAUCCAGUUUAAGGCACACGAUGCAAAUGAGUAGAACAGGUCGACAGAAACAACAUUUUGUUUUUUUCUUCUUCCUUUAACUAUCUUCAAUGGAAGAAAAGAGCAACAAUUGUCCAAUGCCAAGGAGGGAAAAAUGAAUGGGGGCCCAAGCUUAGGAUCUAAGUGUGGAUGUCUACAUUUUACUUUUCAUAAUAGGGGAUACAUAAAUAGAAUGUUAAGUGGCAGAUACCCUUUAAUAAAGCACAUUGAUAGGUGUUUUCCUAUCCUUAUUAGUUACAUUCUUUAUGUUAUUUUAGUGCAUUUCUUGGCUUACCCUUGCUCCAUGGGGCGGUCUUUUGCUCUGUGGCCUAUAGGUUUACACUUUUUGACCCAUGACAUGUAAUUUGACUUGCCAAAUUUGUUAGAAUUUCUGUAUUUUGAAAUAUUCUAAUGUUUUGUAAAAUAAUUGGUCAGAAACACCUGUUUUUUUCACAUACUACACAUAGUUUGAAGGUCUAAGACCAUCCCAUAGUGCAUUUUUGAGAUGCCAGCUGCUUGGCAUAAUUGUUUACCUACAUGUUUUUGUUUUUAUUUUGUCAUAUAAAUGGUGCUUAUUACCCAGUGGACUUUACAAAGGCUGCCCCCAUAGAGCAAGAGUAAUCCAGAUGCAAAGAAUUAUAUAUGCAUAAAUAAACCAAAACUACAUUACGCAUGAUCUUUUAUUUACAAUACCUAUAAAAGUUCUGUUUUCCUUUAAGUGCCCUUUUAAAAGUGUGUUGAAUUGGAUCUGCCUCCAGUUUAUGACUCCAAAAUAGAUACUGGUCUCCCCAUCUGCUUUCCUAAUAGUGAUAUGUUUUUGUAUUCAAAUUAACCCUCUAGACAUCAUAAAGUGGUUAUGGUACUUUGAAUCCCCUUUCGUUGUCCCACUGUUCUGUCUUAAUCCAUGUUCAAAUGGUUCAACAUUGUAUGAGAGUACUCAGGUACCCACAGCCCGCUCCUCUCAGUAACCUGGCUAAUGCGUCAGCUAAGGACUUUCUGCCUGUUGUAGGUAUGUAUUUGGUAUGGUUAAUGUGAAGUUACCGCAGCAAUGGAGCUGUGGGCUGCUAGUACCCCCUCAUUCAAUGUUAAACUGAUAAACAACAGUUUUAUGUCCAAUGAGUUAAAGUAGUUAUGGUGCUUAGUGUCCAAUUAAAAUAGACACAAGGCCGUCAUAUUCUGUAAAACAAAAUCUACAUUUUGCCCAUUCCAAUGGAUGAUUAAUGCUUAUGUCUAUAUGUAUAACUGGUUGUACUGGGAUUAUUCAUGCAGUUGAUGUUUUUUUUCUGUUGAUCCGGUUUAUUUUUGCCUGGAAACCACGCACUGACACAUCAUAUUGAAACCUUGUUUAAACCUUACAUAUAUAAGCUAUUGUGAUCUGUAAAAUUCUUAUAUACAUGACUGAGACCAACAUGGCCUGCCUUUUUAUUACAUGUUGACAAUGGAGUCCAGAAAAGCACACGAUUACAUGCAGUUUCAAUGUCCGGCACUAGAGGGAACUGGAUCAUCUCACGUGACAUAGUGAGCUUCUACUCUCUUGCCUCUAGGUUGCCACAUGUCUUGACCCAUGACAUGUAACUUGAGUCUCCAAAUUUUGUUUGAAUUUCUGUAUUUGGAAAUGUUAAACUGUUUUGUAACAUAAUAUACAAUUGAUGUAAUACUGAGUGCAAAAUCACCACACUUAACUUUUUAUAAUUACAAAAUAUAUUUACCAAGCACACUGACUAGCACAAUUAGACAAAACCUAUUAAUCAAAUAGAAUCCUACCCAAUUCAAGCCUGGACACUUGCAGCCUUCUAUCCACAAUUUUGGGAGAAACCUGAACUAUAUCAACCACUGUCUGUCAAUCAUAAUAUGAUAUGUGUUCAUCUCUGCCCUGUAUGUGCUGCUGCUUCCUGCAUUACCGGUUUCUGAAUGUUGGGAGGUAAUUUUUGAUGACGUGUAUUUGAAGCCUAAAAUUUUUCAUUCAUGAACCCAUUUGAAGAGGCUGUAAAAUAUGUCAUGUUUUAGCAUCCCAUUAUCUUAAUUUGGCUAUCCAAUGAAUAGAUAUUGUUGAGGGUGUUUUUAUUUUUAAAUAUCAUCUCACAUUUUUUCUUAUACACAUUUUUUUCUGAUACCUCGAUCAUAAUUUAUUUAUUUUUAUUAUUUAUUUACCUUUCUUUAAUAAUAUUCCACCUAAAAAUCUAACAAUACAUCUAAAAACACCUACAACUUACAAAACACCAGCAACUUAAGGAGGGAGAAAGACUUAUAGCUGUGCUUUUCUUAUAGCCUUCCUACCUUGUCUCUUCUUCUCCCUUCCCUCUCUUCUCUAUCUGUAUUUAAUUUGGUGAUGACAACCUAAACAUUCAUACCACAUUCAUACUCAAUCUGACCAUUUGGGAUAAUUGGUCUUAAUAAUAUUUACAGAAUUGAUUCCUCUAUCUUUUUGAAUCCUUCACUAGUCCCAAAGAUGUUUAUUUGAUUUAUUUUGUCUUUCAUUUUGUACCAUUGCGGCCAAUAUUUAUUUUUUUUUUUUAAUGAAUUUCCAAAUUUUUCAUUGUUUUGCCCGUAUCCUUUCUCCAUUAGAGCUUGAUAUUCCACUUGUUCAAACAGCUCUGCAAAAUGUAUUUUUGCACCACUUUUUCAUUUCCAAACCAGUUCCAAAUUAAAAGCCAGGAAUAAGUGAACAACUAUGUCUACCAUUUUUAUUUAGCAUCUGUAUGUCAAUAUGAAACAAAGCGAAAAGUAAAAUUGAUCUGAUUUUGAAAGGAUGAGAAAUAAUGAGUUCCAUGCCUGUAUAAUAUCCUUAAAUUCCCACCAUAAAUGAAUAAAGGAACCUACCUCACUAGAACAUCUCCAGCAUGUUUCGCUAUAUUGACUAUUGAAUUUAAAAAAAAAAAAAAUUGGAGUCAAAUACUAUUGGAAUAGGAGUUUGAAAUAUAUUUGUAAAAGAUUUACAUUAUGUGUAACCUAUUUCGUGAAAUUUAUAGCUGUUUUCCAUUUUCAUGUUUUCCAUUUCUUGCCAUCUCUUUAUUUGCAUCAAUUCAGAAAAUGGUUCUGGUUGAUUGAUUAAAUUAUACAUGGUCUUCCCCAUCUUAUUUUCUAUUUUCCCUAGGAAUAUUGCUUCUAUAUUUUUGUUCUUUUUUUUUUUUUUUACCUCAGUAUCUCCUUUUCCGAAUAAUUUUUCAGUCUUAAAUAGUUUUGAGAUAACAUAAUUGAGUCAUAAUAGUUUUUUUAUAUUUGGAAGACCUAAACCACCUUCUUUCAUGGUUCUAGAUAAUACUUUGAAUGCCACUCUUGGUUUCUUAUAGUUGCAAACGAAUUGAUUAAAUAUCUUUUGAAAUUCAGAUACUACUAUUUUUAGGAACCGCUAAUGGAAUAGAUCUGAAAAGAAUUGUAAGUUUAGGUAGUAUAUAAUAUUUGUUUUGUUUUUUUACUGUUCCUUAACAGCACACUUUUGGUUUUUCAUGCUGCAGUUCUUGUGUUUUCAGCUCUACAUUCCACAGAUCUUGUCUACCCUCUUCCACACAUACACACACACACACACACACCUUCCUGACGGCCAGUUAUAUGCUAAUGCAAUGAAUAGAUAUUGUUAAUAGAUAAUACUAUGCUAAUAUAACUGGCCGUCAGGAAGGUGUGUGUGUGUGUAUAUGUAUGUAUGUAUUGAUGUAUUAUUAUAGAUAUAUAGUAGAUUGGAUUAGCUGUAUUAGUCUGCUUUGGUAUUUUGGCAUCUUAUCUCUAUCUGUCUGUCUGGAAUGUAUCCAGUCAUGCAAUAUGAAAAAGAGAGCCAUUUAAGAUACAAUAAACAUUGUACAUAGGACAAUGAUGCCUUAGUCCCCUUUGGGACUUAACAUAGUUUUCCUAGUGUCUCUUCCACUGUUCAAAACACUCUGCAGAAUCCUUUUUGAAAUUGCCUUCAGCUGCCUUGUCAUAUUUACCUGAAUUACAUCGAAGGUCUGAAAUCUCUUCCCUUUCAAAGCUGAUUUUAAUUUUGGGGAAAGAACAGAAGUUGCAGGGUGCCAGAUUGGGGCUGUACUCUAGGCACCCAGACCACUUCAGCUUAAUGAAGUGGUCUGGGUGCCAGGUCCAGCUAGGGUUAACCCAUUUUUUUAUAAACAUAGCAGUUUCAGAGAAACUGCUAUGUUUAUGAAUGGGUUAAGCCUUCCCCCAUUUCCUCUAGUGGCUGUCUCAUUGACAGCCACUAGAGGCGCUUGCGUGAUUCUCACUGUGAAAUCACAGUGAGACACGCAAGCGUCCAUAGGAAAGCAUUAUGAAUGCUUUCCUAUGCGACCGGCUGAAUGCGCGCGCAGCUCUUGCCGCGCGUGCGCAUUCAGCCGACGGGGAGGAGGAUCAGAGGAGGAGAGCUCCCUGCCCAGUGCUGGAAAAAGGUAAGUUUUACCCCUUUUCCCCUUUCCAGAGCCGGGCGGGAGGGGGACCCUGAGGGUGGGGGCACCCUCAGGGCACUAUAGUGCCAGGAAAACAAGUAUGUUUUCCUGGCACUAUAGUGGUCCUUUAAAGCGGCGCUGUCAUGGCCGAAUUCCGUUUUUUGUUUUUUUUUUAACCCCCAUCACGACUCCACUACAUCUAACUGACCACCUAGUCGCCCCCAAAUGCCCCUAAGCCCCCCAUAUUACCUAGUUUUUAUCUUUAUUUUCUGCCCCGACCCAUAUUCAGGGCGCCACCAUCUUUGUGUGGGUAGAGGAAGUCCCUGUGACACACGUCAUCUGCCCACACUAGAUAGACUGUGAGAUUCCCAGCCUGUGGCUGCUCACUGUUUAAAACAACAACCCUACUAUCCAGCCCCCACCCCUGUGCGGCGGGUGGGGGCCCUAAAUUACAAUAAGGGGGGACCUAUUGUCCUCCCCCCGGCCCCCAUCCCUGAGCGGUGGGUGUGGACCAUAAAUUACAAUGGGGGGACUACUGUCCUCCCCCUGGCCCCCAACCCUGCGCGGUGGGUGGGGACCUCCUGUCCUCCCCCCCCCGGCCCUCACCCUUGGGCGGCGAGUGGGGGCCCUAAAACAAAUCCCCCCCACCACCCCAAAAAAAAGUUACCCCCUACCUACCCUCCUCACCCUAAAAAAUAGUGAGGGGGGAAUAAAAUAACUAACCUGAAAAGAAAAAUUAAACUUACCAUUUGAUGUCUUCUUUUUUCUAAAAUCUUCAUUUAUCAGCCCCCAAAAAAGCCAAAUAAAAAACCAUCAUACCCGUCGAACUUAAAAUAAAAUAAACCCGAGCGCAAGAAAAAAAAACCUGACGAAAAAGAAAAAACCAGAGCGCAAAAAAAAUAAUCCACCUUCACCCAUGGAGGGCUCCGGGCAGACUGAGCUCUGCAGGGCGGGGCAAGGCUUAUAAGGCCUUGCCCCGCCCUGCAAUUAGGCUAAGAACACUCUGAUUGGUUGGUUUAAGCUUGAAAUCCAUCCAAUCAGAGUGCUUUCUGACAUUUUACACAGCGUGGGAAAGUUCUUUGGAAUUUUCCCACACUGUGUAAUUUGACUCAUAACACUCUGAUUGGUGGGCUUGGAAUCUAACCAAUCAGAGUGCUCUUCCAAAGAACUUUUCCACGUUUCACCCCUCAAGUCUUCAUCAUUUAUAUCAUUUAUAUAUAUAUAUGUAUGUGUGUUAAGUUAUAAAUUUACUAUCUGUACUACAAGCUUAUUGAUUACAUUUUGUACACCUACCAAAAUCUGACCUUGUCAUCCAUAUGUUUUAUGUGAUUAAACGCACGUCAAAAUAGCAUUCUGAAGUUAGUCCUUUGCGUUUGUUUCUAUCUACCGUACUUUUAUGGAGUUGUCGCUUAAUGAGUCCAAUGAUGAUUAUGGUAAGUAAAAAACGUUAUAUUAUACGCAUGUUCUAGCCAUUUGCUCAGUUGAAAUUGUAUUUCCUACAAAUUGCCACUAUCCCAUGUGGCUCGACAGGUGCUCUUUAAAUCACUUGAUCAAACUAUCCUUAUCUGUACAAUAAAAUAUGCUUGUUUGCAUAUACUGAAUGUACUGAAGAUUUCAUUAGAAAAUUCUACUUUUGAUCCGUUUUCUGUUAAGCAGAAGAUUUUAAUUGCUUUAGUAACUGCAAUUUACUUAUGGAUAUGAAUAAGCCAUUUAAAUCUACAGAAACAGUGAGCUUUUCUGUUUAAUUAUUACCUGUUCCCUUAAUUUUUAAAUGAAGUAUUAGUUAUCAUGGGAAGAUCCACCGGAUGUUUGCCUAAUACAGACUGUAAUUAGGGUGAUGCAAUGAGCAUGUUACUAGCAUAAUAGUUUGAAACCCUGCUUCACGGUCAUUGGGCUGGAUUUGGUUUAAAUCCAAUCAAAGGCGGUGACAGCUAUGUUUUGUUCCCCAUUUUAAAAGCUUCCUUUACUAGAGUUACACAUGUUUCUUCGAUAUCCCUGGGAAAUCAUUUUUAAGUGUUUUUUUUUUUCCUUUCCUUCAUUGACAUAGUUAGGCGGUGAUAUAGUUAGUUUUAAGGCAUUUUCCAUUAUUGUGUAUGCAAUAUGAAUGUCCGAGCAAUUUUUUAUACAUAAAUGUAGGUUCCUUGUAGCAAGCGUUGGUUUAAAUCACUAGUCAAUAAUCAUGAUUUUUAAAUGUAAGAAUUUACUCUUGUAAUCUUUAAUAUUUGCAACCGGAUGAUUUCAUAUUAAGAACAAUAACUUUUCAGAUUAUCAUAACUGAUUUUCUUAUAUACUAUUGAAAAUACUUAUAUAGAUAGUGAUAACAUUGCAACGUGAACUAUCGUCUGUUUAAUUUAAAUUGUUCUCCAAAUAUGAGUAAACCUAUUAAAGAUGUUUGUUGUGUGUAUGUAGAUAUACAGAAUAACAAUGGGAUUAAGGUAUUUUUCUGAACUUUUGAAUGUUUUUAAAAAACAAAACAAAACAUUAUUGCUGAUAAAAUGUGCAUCUUAUCUCUGCAGACACAAGUUCAACUAACUUGCAUUAAUAGAAUUUGUUUACCAAAAAUGUAAAUAUUGCAUGAAUAUGCAUCCUCCUGCUACAUAACUAAUCCAUAUUCCAUGCUGAAUAGCCUUUAAACUUUAUCAUAACUUAAAUAGAAAAAUAUCUUACAUGGAUUUUUCCUCCAAAAGCAUUUUACUUAAAGAAAUCUGAUAUUUAAUAUUUAUUAAAAAAAUGUUGGUUACAGAAAGAUGUUAAUGUACAGUAAGAGGUGUAAUCAAUAGGCACUUAAUUUAAAAAAAAAAUAAUUUUAAAUGCUGCAAUCCACACACUGUAUUGUUGCCCAGAUGCACUACCUACCAAAUGUGGAAAAUAAUAAAAAAUGUGUGCUGUACAUUCCCCAGAGGAAAUGCCUUGCACUGCACAAAAUGUUAGUUUCUCCCCUCUGCACAUUGUGUUACAAUAUAAUACUUUGUGUUUAAUAAAGCAUGUCUCAUAUGUGGACCUAGUGCUAUGCAAGCAUUUGUAUGUUAAAUGGGAGAAAAACCCACAUAACAGGACUCUGUGUUUCUUUUCUUUUUUUAUUUUACCCCUGCUUUGACACUUGUCUACUAGAUUGUGUUUUGGAAUGCAUCAUACAACAGUUAAUUUACCUAGCAGUGAAAAGGCCUCUCAACUUAGAUUCUCUCCAUCUACUUAGAGAAGCAGUGGGGGGCAAAUUGUAUGCAUUGCAGUUGUAGCGAUUCAUCCGCAAUGCUUCUCAUUGAGCAACAUUGAAUUGAGUAUUAAAAGCAUAGUUCAUCAUGAAGCACCUGUCUGACGGCUGGCAGGGUUCAACUUUGGCACAUUAUAAGAGUGCUGAUUUAUUCUCGUAACCAAGAAAGGGAUUUGGAAAUCUCCUUUAAAAGUUUAAACGUGUGUUUGCUUUAUUUUCUUCAUAAAGUAAAGCAAGCUUUAUCUUACCAGUGUAUGUUUUUAAUUGUGUAUCUUGUAUAUUUUCAGAUAACUAUAUGCUCCAUGACUUAAAAUUCCUUCCAUCUGGUUAUUAUUACCAAGACCGCUGGAUAUCUGGGAGAUCAUUUGUACGGCAAUUCAGCAGGCCUUCAGAAGUCACUGCAUGCUUACAAGGCAAAGUAGUGCAUUUAUUUGGGGAUUCUACAAUCAGGCAGUGGUUUGAAUAUCUAACAGAGUUUGUACCAGGUUAGACUUUUUAUUUGUUUUAUUGUUACAUUAUGUAGCUUUUAAGGAAAUAUCACACCGCAAACUGUUAUUUAGUUGGUGGAUUUGCAUACUGUUUUACUUGUCUGUACAAGUUUCCUUACUAUGCCUUUUGUACAUAUACUGUGCACCUGUGCUAAACAUCAGAGGUUUAUGGGAUACUACAAAUACUUUAAAUCAAGAUCCUCUCUUACAACUGUCAUUAGUCUAAUACUAUCCUUACCAUUUGUGUCAUUUUACCCCACUCCCUCUAGCAUGUAAGUUCAUUGAGCAGGGCCCUCAAACCCUCUGUUCCUGUGUGUCCAACUUGUCUUGUUACAACUGCAUGUCUGUUCGUCCACCCAUUGUAAAGCGCUGCAGAAUUUGUUGGCGCUAUAUAAAUAAUAAUAAUAAUAAGAUUGACUUUGUGGUACUGCAGAUCAUGACCGCAAAAUAAGCUAUCAUAAACUUGGAAGUAUUUUCUUCUCAUGAACAUGAAACCACCUGUACUAUACAUAUCACAUAAACAUUUACAAUAUUCUCAUUCUGAAAAAUAGCAGGAGGCAACUUUGUCCCUGUUAUCUUAAACAAGAAGAGCCAGUUGUAGAAAAUAUUGUUCAAUAAUGUGACUCUUUGAAUGUAUAAAACAAAAAUUCCAGAGCUUUUAAACAACUAGCACUUCUGUUUUUAAGCAACAAUUAUUUUCACAUUUUAGUAUGUUUUAUUUUUUAUUUUUAAUUUUUAUUUCACAGAUAUUUACAGGAAAAUCCCUGUGACCAAUACGGUCACAAGACAUGAGUGAUAUUGUGAUUAAUAUCUAUGAACCUUUACCAACUUAUUUUUAGGUGCAAUGAAUGCUAGCUUGUACCUCUUGACUACAACUCCAAUCAUUGACCCUCUUUUUAAAGUUUGGCAGUGCCAAAUAUAAGUUCAUUUGUAUUUUUUUUUUUUUUUUUUUAAGUACACUCUUAUACCAUGUAUAUUAUUAAUUUGGGAUUCAUUAUAUUGAGCAUAGGAUACCAGUUCUGCUCUCAUUUUAACCUCGUUACAAUUCAUAUUAUCAAGCUAAUACUUCUGAAAGGUCAUGUUGGUAGUUAAGAGGCCCAUGCCUGUUAUAACUGUAUUUUAUGCUCUCUGUUAUUCUUUUUAACAAUAUACAAUUUUUAGCAAUAUAAUUUAACUGUGAGAGCAUAGGAGGUCCGUGUUGGCAACAGAUGGUGUUUGGGAAAACCCCUGCUUCCUAAAGAAACAAUACAUGUAAGACCUUUAGAUUUCAAAUAUAUAAUGUAUAAUGCUGGAAGGGAAAUAUGAGUUUGUGCUUUUGCAGUAACAUUGAAAAGCAAAUAGUGUAUUUCUUCCUGUAUUUCAGAUUUUAAGCCAUUUGACCUUGGGAGCCCUAAAAAUGUUGGGCCUUUUUUGUCCAUUGACGUUGAACAUAACAUAAUGCUGAAAUUCCGCUGCCAUGGACCACCAAUCCGUUUCUCAACGGUUUCUAGCAACGAACUCCGCUACAUUGCUAAUGAACUGGAUGGAAUAGUGGGUGGACAAAACACAGUGGUGGCUAUAACCAUAUGGUCUCACUUUAGCACAUUCCCUGUGGAGGUUUAUAUACGGCGUUUGAGAAACAUCCGAACAGCAAUUCUUCGUCUGCUGGAACGGAGCCCGGACACUGCAAUCGUUAUACGCUCCGCAAAUGUCCAGGAGCUAGGGCCUGAAGUGAGCCUAUUUAACAGUGAUUGGUUUUCAUUGCAGCUUGACACGGUCAUGAGGUCUAUGUUUGCAGGUAUCCAUGUUCUUAUUGUAGAUGCUUGGGAAAUGUCACUGGCCCACUAUCUCCCACAUGCAUUACAUCCUGAACCAGUCAUUGUGAAGAGUCAGAUAGAUGAAUUUUUGUCAUUUGUAUGUCCAAAUUAAAGUUACUGGCAAAGGAGAGAGUGUAUCAUUCCUUCCACACCAAAAUAUUCAUUGGCGUUUAUUUGAUUUCUGCUUAGUUUGUAAGCCAUAAAGCCCUGUGAACUACAAAAAGGUAAUGCAGAAUUAUUAGCAUAUAAUAAUAAAACUACUUACUAGCAUAUUAAAGUUGCUGAAACAUUUGUUUUUUUAAAUUAAUAUGAAAUUAAUUACAACAUACUUGGGUCAGUUUUCAUACGCGUCAUUAAGGUUUUAUAAAAAAAAAAAAAAUCAAGAGUAGAUCAGCGCUAACAGGCCACAGAAAAGGGCAGCACGCCUAUAAACAUGGGGUACCCUCUCAAACAAAAUGGAGUGUUUCAUAAGGACACUUGUAAUUUUAAUUAAAUGCUAUUUAUUUGUAUACACAGGCGCUACCUUUUGCUCUUUUUUAAUCAUUAACCCCUUAAGGACACAACUUCUGAAAUAAAAGGGAAUCAUGACGGAAUAUUUCCGUUGUGUGUCCUGAAGGUGUUAAGGUUUUAUAUAGUAACCCAGGUGCUUUCUAGCUAGACUGUGUUUCCUUUGAAUCUUAAUGGUUAUAAACGUGUGAACUAUGAUUGAUUUAGCAAAUUACCAAUUUUAUUUUACAACAUUUGGGAUUUGUGGUAUUUUGGAGGCUUUGUCACGUGAUAUCAGUUUUAAAAUGACCUUCCUAUCGCAUUACGUAAGCCUCCCAUGGUAAAUUUAGCUCUAAUUACUGCUGGAAGAUAGCACAUUUUUGUAGUGUGAUUUUUUUUUUUUUCUUCACAUCAAGGAAUUGCAUUACUUAGAAACAGUUCCUGGUAUAAUAGUUAGCUGGUAUAAGCUGCUGAAUCAUGUACAGCCAGCAGCUAUGUAGUACUUUAAAUUCCGUAAUUUGAGCUGUUAAGCUUACAGCAAUCCACGCAGGGAACGCAGUUAUUUGAAAAACCUGUUAAUGCAGAAUCCCACAAGUAACCCACAUUAGUUAGAAACAGGGGCUUUUUUAGGGUCCAGAAAAACCUUGGCUUAAAGGACCACUAUAGGCACCUAGAACACUUCAGCUUAAUGAAGUGGUCUGGGUGCCAGGUCCAUCUCGGAUUAACCCUGUCUGCUGUAAACAUAGCAGUUUCAGAGAAACUGCCAUGUUUACAUAUGGGUUAAUCCAGCCUUUAGUGGCUGUCUCAUUGAGAAGACGCCAGCUUUCAUAGGAAAGCAUUGAGCCCGGCGGGACGGGGACCCUGAGGAUGAGGGGGACCCAAGGACCCUAUGGAGCCAGAAAAACGAGUAUGCUUUCUUGGCACUAUAGUGGUCCUUUAAGCCCAAAGCAAAAUUUCUUGACACCCACGCUAUGCUAUGUCCUCUCUUAUCUACAGACAACCAACAUGCUACUUAUACACUCCAUAAUAUCAAGGAAAGCAUAGCUGGAAAAAACACAGCCAGGUAUGUGAUCCCACCUAACUAAGAGAGGGAUGUGCAGCAAAGUUAUAUUCUCCAGCACCCCUUCCCAACAGUCUCCUAAUACCCUUCUGCCCCUUGACUACCUAUAGAGAUCCCUGGAGAAAGAGUUACACAUCCAGAUCCACAGCCCCCAAACAACCACCCCAUCAACACCUGUGGUUCUAGUUCUCUUCAACUGCUGAACAGAUCUUACAGAUCACUUCAGCUCAUUAUUAUUAUCAUCAGUAAAUGAACAGACACGUGGUUAUGUUUUCUGUUUAAUACAGUGACAAUGGACAUAGAAUAAACCAUCACAUUAAAGAGUCUAUGCUCACUGAAGGGAACAUCACUGUUAAAGGGCACAUAUGCAAAAAUUGACAAAUCAAGACAUAAAUGUAUUAAUGAGAGAUCCCAUAUUUUAAUGCAUGUGUGAGUGUGUAAAGGGAGAGUUGUGAUGUUGUCAAGUAUGCAAUUUCUUGUUUCCAUAUGGCAGUUCACAAUAAGUGCUUUAUGAUGAUAAUUAUGUUUACUGUCAGACAUUUAUAUAUUUGCUCUAAAAUAUAAUGGCUCUAAGAUGGUUAACAUUUUAGGGAAAGAUUACAUUUUGGGAAGGUUUUCAUCCAUAAUUAAAGGGAAACUAUAGCCAUCAAAACAACUUAAGCUUAAUGAAGCAGUUUUGGUGUACAGAUCAUGCCCCUGCAGUCUCACUGCUCAAUUAUCUGUCAUUUAGGAGUUAAAUCACUUUGUUUAUGCAGCUCUAGUCACAACUCCAUGCAUGUGACUUGCACAGCCUUCCAUAAACACUUCCUAUAAAAUAAGAUCUAAUGUUUAUGCUUCCUUUAUUGCAUAUUCUUAUUUCCUGCUCUGUUAAUAGCUUGCUAGACCUUACAGAAACCUCAUGCGUGUUAUUAAAGUUCAAUUUACAGAGCAGGAGUAUAAUGAUACGGCCCUGGUGUCUGACACUGAAGGUGUACUAGUUCAGGCAGGCUGUCGUCGGUGGGUUUCUUUUUAAAUAACCUGCACCAGUAAACUGCUCCACUAUAUGCUAGGUCUCAUCUUUGGUAGCGUAUCUACUGGGAAUGCUACACUGGUAUGUUUAAAAUAGUCUAUAUCUAGUCCUCUGGCAACAUUCUUAUUAGUAGAUACUCUAUAGAGGGCAAUGAAUAGCAAUAUACCAGUGAGACCUCCAGGAAGUGACAAAACAAGCUUCUUCUUGGCAACACAAAGAACCUUUUUAUUGUAGAAAACCCAGCUUACAAAGAGGACCCAGCAUUCAGUAAAAAAACACUGCACAAACACCACCACCAAUGGGAACACACAGGAAAUAACUGGUUAGAAAGUGAUUAAUUACACUAGUUCUCCCCCUCUCCCCCUCCAUGUGCAAGGCCACCCUGACAACAAAAGGUUAUCUUGAUUGGCCAGGUAGAUGUCUGGACCCACUGUCCCUUCAGAGCAAUCUCUGAUCACAUUAACACAGCCCUUUGCAGUAGAUGACAUUCAAUUACAAGUUUAGACUUACUGGCUCUCACAGCAGGCGAUCACUUACAGUACAGAACUUGAUUAACAAACAAAAUAUAUUUCACACCUGACUAUGCUUUAUUCCUGCACAGAGAGCUACUGUCCCUUCCCCUCUGAUCAACUGCUGCAUAUACAGACAAACACACUGCUCUGUGUAUAAUAUAGGUACACACAAUACAGAGAUGACUAUGCACAUUGCAGUCGCAACAUCGCACUGCGAGCUUGCACAAAACAUAUCAGGGGGUUCAGACCAUACAUCACAAGGAGAUAAAUACUUUUAACUAUGUUAACAUCUGAUUUAGAAUGAAACCAAUUUUGUUUUCAUGCAGGCUGUGCCAGUCACAGACAAGGGAGGUAUGGCUGGUUCCACAUAAACAGAAACAAAAGAGAUUUAACUCCUAAAUGACAGAGAAUUGAGCAGUGACACUGCAGAGGCAUGCUCUAUACACCAAAACUGCUUCAUUAAGCUAAACAUGUUUGGUGUCUAUAGUGUCCCUUUAGCAUAUUUUCCCUGCAAUCCAAAUAUAGUCUUUGGGAUUAUUCUUUAAAUUCGGAAUUGUGCAGAACGUGAAGGCGAUUGCAAAUUUUACUGCCAAAUUUGCUCAAAUGCAUAGAUUCUGUCAACUUGGCUGUUGUCCAGCUUGGUUAUUUAGACUAAACGUUUUAAUUCCCUUCUCAGUUAUCCACAUUUCCUAGUUAAAGGGACACUGUAGGCACCCAGACCACUUAGCCCAUUGAAGUGGUCUGGGUGCCAACCCCCAUUACCCUUAACUCUGCAAGUGUAAUUAUUGCAGUUUUUAUAAACUGCAAUAAUUACCUUGCAGGGUUAAGUCCUCCUCUAGUGGCUAUCAGACAGCCACUUGAGGGACUUCCGGCUUCUUAGACGACUUUUAGAUAUCUAAACAACGAUUGACGUCCUCAAGCGUCGCCGGAAUCCCCAUAGGAAAGAAUUGUGCAUUAGAUCUCCCCCGCCGGCGGGGGAGGAGUGUGGGUGGAGCCUGACCCAGCGCCGAGGGACAUCAGCGCUAAAUUUGGGUAAGUGACUGAAGGGGUUUUAUCCCAUUCAGCGACAUGGGAUGGGGUGGCGAGAGGGAGAGGGGCACUCCAGGAUUCUGCAGUGCCAGGAAAACGGGUUUGUUUUCCUGGCACUAGAGAAUCCCUUUAAGAGGAUAAAUUCAACUGUGUAAGUUUACAGUGUUCUUAUGCUUGUGCAAUUGACUAGAAGUGGUUUCAUAUUGUGGUGUCUGUUUAGUAAUGAAUAGGCAGGUGUUACCAGCCAUCUAAACUCUGCUUGCAAUAUGAUAUGUAACUAGUGAUUUUUAGUCCUCACUUCUUAUUUGUAACAUGUAACUGCAGAUUAGCAUAUUGUCAAACUAUUCUUUUAUCGAGUUGUAGAAUGCACUGAAUAAUGCUUAUAGUAUAAAAUAGAAAUGAAAAGUGCAAAUUCAGGGGAUAUCCAAAUCCUUUAUGUCCUGUUAAUUGACUAUAUUAAUAAGGCCACAUAAACCUGGUCCAUACUAAUAAAAGUACACAUUAAAUCACCUUAUGUGUAUUUUAAGUAUGGUGUCCCUUGAGUAGUUUCAUUAAGAACCAGAAUGUUUUGUAUGAAAUGAGUAUCGUAUUGGGCCUAUGGGUGCGUGUCAGCGAUGCAACAUGUGUCACUAGGGAUGUCUAAAAGGGUAUUGACGUGUAGUAUAUGUAAUCCUUGUGCGGAAUGCCAAGUGUGAGCAUGUCAAAUGAUGCGCAUGCCGCAAUUCUGGAUGAUCUUGCUGAAUCCCAGAAAGGUGUGGUGGUCACAUUUUAGUUUCUUCUUCUUAAUAUAUAUAAGACCAGAUGUGCCCUUUUUUUUCAUUCUUGGUUUUGGAGUUUAAGGGAUACACUAAGCACCUAUUUCCAAACUGUCUUAAGUUUGGUAUCCCAAUUUUGUUCUCACCCCAGCUUAGUUCCAAGGUGCCUCACAUAUUGGGACACCAUUGAGCUGUCUGCAAUACUUGCUUGCGCUAUGCAGACUGCAGUCAGGGCAUUAAUUCCACAUCCAGAGCCUCUGUAGGUGCGCAACUCUCCAAAAUCACAAGAGGAAACUGUGAAUCCACUGUGAUAAGCCGAUGCUUUCAGCCAUGGGGUGUGCGCCUGGGGUGUUAAACUGUUUGAAAAUACUGCACCCAGGAACUCCAGACCCCAAGACGUAAUUAAGAUGAAGUUUGGAGCCUGAGUGGUCCUUUCAUUUCCAAGAUUAUCUGAUUCACUCUCAGACAGCUGGUUGCUGUAUGCUGGUACACAUUAACCUGACUGCCAAGAGUGUAAAUGCAAAUACAGACAUACAGAUGUAGGACAUAUAGACCUGUAGAUGUGUGUAGUUGUUUUCUCCUAGUGUUUAGGAUAUGGGUUUGUAAAAUUUUAUGAUCUAGUAAAGCAUUAUAGUAGGCUUGUCAGAUUAGAAACACACAAUUAUUUAAUGCUUUGAUUUUUCUUUUUUUUUCUUCUGGUCCACUGGUUUGUUAUAUUUUUAUGGGUACGGAAAUAUUAAAAUGUAUUCUCUAGAAUAAAAAUUAAAAAGGCCUUUCAUGAAGAAACCACACAUUUCCAAAAAUACAUGCAUUGCCUUCUCUUCCUCCUGCCUACGCAGUGUUAUUUAGAAACAUUAUGUUUACAAUAGGAAUAGCAUUAACUAAUAGAUGUUAUUUUUAUUAUUUUGUGUUUGAGAGAAUUGGUGGGGGACAUGUUUUGAGUGUUUUAAUAAAGAUUUGUAUUUUCCUGAAA